GAAAAACGCAAUCCUGUCACACAGCCCUAUCACCUUCUGUUUGCUAAGUAGCUAUCUGGACGGGAAAGUGGGUGUAAUGGAUGGAUGCGGACCCUAACCUAUGCUGAGUAACAUCGCCAGUAUAAUACGAAAACCCCUUAAACCAUAACCAUGUUUGGUCGGUCGCGGAGCUGGGUUGGAGGACAGGGGAAGACGAAAAAUAUUCACUCCUUGGACCAUUUGAAGUGAGUAGCUAGCAUUAGAUAUGCUAUCAUUAGCAUGUAUGGUAACCGGUCGAGCACUGCUUCUUGCCUGGUCAAUAGCCUAAUUGUAUAGAGCCAAAAUGAAAUUAACUGACAUACUCUAAUCACUGAAAUGCCCUGUAUCUUCAACAAACAGACCUUUCAUUUGUCAUUGAUGUUUUCUGCUCUGCACGGAUGACAGGCAUGUGGGCUAGCUCGUCAAUGCUAGCUUUGAGAAGGAAAUAUGCUCUCUGACAGGAUUGAUGUUGACCCGCUUUUAUGAUUCUGGUCGAUACGACCAGUAACUGUUGAUAUAAACUGAUGUCGGGCUCACGAAGACUCGUGAGGUCUGCACAGGUGUUUGCGGCCGUCGUAACUAAUUAGCCUUGGAAGCUAAGAACUAAUCAAGCAGGCGAAAUCAGAGUUGUGGCGCGACCACAACAGGUGCAACUAAUUAACGAGAGAAUUCUUUCUUAUCCAGAACAAACUAUUUUUGAUGACCCUGUUAAACCCCACUCUUGCCACUGUCCCAAGCAUUUUUUUUGUUAAGCUGUAGGUGGGCAUAUUAAAAUAAUGAGCUCUACCCACAUACUGCUUCCUUCAUCACUCUACCUUCAAGCCAUGUUUCUCUGUCAGGUAUAUGUACCAUGUCCUCACAAAAAACACCACAGUGACAGACCACAACAGAAACCUCCUGGUGGAAACCAUUCGCUCUAUCACAGAGAUCCUCAUCUGGGGUGACCAGAAUGACAGCUCUGUGUUUGAGUAAGUACCCAUUAUGUUCCCUUAAAUUUAGAUGCAGAAAUGCUGACAUGCUGAUAUAGAUUACCAGCUUUGUAUUACCUGUAGUUUUCUGAACUAAGCUCCCACCUUUUACCUGGGUCACUUUAGUACAUAAAUGAGCUGUGAAUUUUCAGUGGGAUAUCACCUUAAGUCAAUCACAGAAAAGAUGAAUAAUCUCAAUCAUGUCUCUAUAUAGAAACAUUUGUACCACCAGGGUCACGAUGGUGGUUUUUUAGAAACCAUUCUAUAUAUGUGUCAAAUACAUCUCUGGUUUUCUGCCUCUUCUAUUUUUGGUCUUGUAAAACUCUAUGGUAGCAUUGCAGUAAUCCCAAUAAAUUGCGUGAAUCACUUGCCGUUCCUUCCCACAAGUGAUUCAUGCAACUGGAUGGCCCAGCCAGGCUCAGACUGUAUUCCUUUUUAAUUUUAAAAGGAUUUAUGUGUCACCAUUCUGAUUCUGUUCAUUAAUUUCAUGACUUGGAGUUUUUUCAUGUGACACAGGAAACUGCUUUCAUGAGCAAAGAAGCCACAGCAAGUGUUGAAAAUGUGCUUAUGGCCAUCAGGAAGGAAACGUUGAAAUAAACAGGCUCCAACCACCACCAUUGCUUUCUUUUUAGGCAUUAGAAAUAUAUAGUUUUGUGUUAAAACUGCACUAUUUCCAUGUUAGAUAUUUCAUUUUAAAGACAAGGGCAUCCUGGUAACUCAAAGUUAAGUAACUUGUGUUAAGAUCUGAAAAAAAGGAACUGUAGUCUGAAAUUUUGUGAAGUUUAUAAGCUGAAAAGACAUUUUACAAUUAUGAGAAGUAAAUUGCAGCACAAAAUAGUGGUUUAGGGUGUAUGUAAGGAUGUGCAAACUUCAGAUGUUCACAGAAUGGAAACAUGGGAGGAUAGAGAGGGGUCUUUAAAUUCAACAGACUUAAAUCUAUGGAGUCAAAUCAGGAAUAUUAUGUGCUUAUGGCAUGUGAUAUAACUAUUAGUCCCUCAGGAUGCUGCAAACAAGAAACAAUUCCUCUUUUUUUCUAAAUCUGUAUUUUGAGAUUGAGUCAUUCUGAAUUAAAUCUUGCAUGUUUGUUAUUACACUCCUGCAUCUGCUCAGCUUCUUCCUAGAGAAGAACAUGUUUGCCUUCUUCCUGAACAUCCUGCGCCAGAAGUCGGGCCGCUACGUGUGUGUUCAGCUCCUCCAGACCCUCAACAUACUUUUUGAGAACAUCAGUCAUGAAACUUCGCUGUGUGAGUAAUUCAAUUAAAAAUGGCUGUAAAAAAACAUCAACAAAAAACAGACAGACAUGUUUGUGAUGCAGUACAUUGCAUAAACCAUCUUUUUUUUUUUUUAAUUAAAUUUGAUGUUUUUUGUUUUUUCCAGACUGCUGCUUUGUUAUGUCCCCCUACAAAUGAUUAGUUGCUGUUUUAGUUCUCUCUUUUUUUACUCGAUUUACGAUACUGCUAAAAUGUUUGAAUGCAGGUGAAAUGUGAGCAGUAAAAUAUGCCAUUAGUACCAGUGACUGUAGUGUUGUAAUAUAUUGUCCUGUAGUGCUGUAGUGGAUGUAGAUGUUUGGUCAGAUAAAAAAUGCAUGACAUGUUGCACUGCUUAUCUUUGCUGAAAUGGACAUUACAUAGCAGCCUGCUGUAUUUUCUGUUGUUGCUAGGCAAUCAGAGACUCAGCAGAAGAUAUGUCAUUUUGACAGGAAGCAGAUAUCUUACAUAAAGUAAGACAAUGAGUAUUUUGGUUUGUAGAGGUACCAAAAAGUGAGUUGUGGUAUUAUGCUUACAUAAACGGAGUGUCUCCUUGGCACACAAGACUCAUUGCAGUCAAAAGACAAAUCUUACUGGUCAUCUGAUGAUCAAAAUGAGACAUGCAGUGAUGUACUGUAUGAACAAGUCUGAUCUGGUUCCUUCUCUCCUCAGAUUAUCUUUUGUCAAACAACCAUGUGAACUCCAUCAUCGUGCACAAGUUUGACUUCUCGGACGAAGAGAUCAUGGCCUACUACAUCUCCUUCCUCAAGACCCUGUCACUCAAACUCAACAACCACACCGUGCACUUCUUCUACAAUGAGGUGAGGUCAAAGACAGGUGGUGGAAGACAGAGAGAGAUGGAAGAUCUUUCACUUGGCAGGUUUUAUUGUUCGUAGUCAGUGCCAGACAAAGAGAUAGGAAGAUGAGAGACUGAAAUGAGAGAUUGAAGGAUGAACUGGAUAAGUUCAGCCAGAUAGGCAGCCGGUUGCUUAGAUUAAGCAGCUUUUAAAGUAGGGCACAAGAUUAUUCUAUUAAGAUUGUAACAGAGUCAUGUAAAAUAUUUAUAUCAGCUGAUAACAUUCUCAAAAAUGACCACAAGGUUGUUCUUUGCCUUUGUGAAAGACUAUCAAUGUUUUAUCUACCAACUGACUGCUGCACAGUUCCCCUUUCACACCCACCAAACUUGUCUGUUAGGUUUCUUUCUCUUCAAUAGCUGUUACAAAAGCUUAGGUGUCAUUAUUUCCAUCAUACGAGGGAAUAAUGUGUUUGUUAAAGUCAUGUUUAAGAAUGACCACAGUAUUCUGAAAAAGGUCUUUGAGUGAUGAAUUAGAGAACUGCCUUAAAUCUGUGUGUGUGUGUGUGUGUGUGUGUGUGUGUGUGUGUGUGUGUGUGUGUGUGUGUGUGUGUGUGUGUGUGUGUGUGUGUGUGUGUGUGUGUGUGUGUGUGUGUGAUGGGAACAUAUUGACCACCUGAUGAUAAUAAUCAUGAUGAUGCUAUCCUUGGUUCUUUCAGCAGAAUCUAGUUCUUUCAUUGGCCUGUGUGUGCUGGGGAAAGUUAUUGGUGCACUGCGGAUGGAAGCCUAGCCCCUGAGGCCAAAACCACACCUUUAUGUGUAGAGCCAAGGUUGAAAUACUUCAACAAUAUUUAUUUUCCUUUCCUAUAUUUAUAAAUUUAAAAAAAAAGAAAAAUCCUCCCUUUUUUGAACAAAAAAACAAAAAAUCUCAAAUUUCUGGAUUUAUAAGUUUUACCAGCCCCAAAAUGGGUUUGAUCAGUCUGAAAGCAUACCGUAUUUGAAUAAUAAAAGAGCCUCAUGACAAACUUGGUUUCAAAAAUCACCUCAUCAUCAAGUUUGAUUAUCGUUGUAAAGACAAUUUUCCACUAGAGGGUGCUCUUGGACAGAUAAUCAUUUUAUGUUCAUCUCAGAUCUACAGUAUACUAGAAGCUUUGAGAGACCAGAGGACCCAGUCCAGGUUUGGAUUUGGUAUCAGGGUCAGGUUUCUUCAUUCACUGUGACCUUUGGGGGCUCUUCAGCCCCCCUAUGACGGGGAUUGGCUUGGGGUCGCAGUGACUGAGGAAAGUUUGGGAUAGGGAUCAGGCACUGGCCCAGAGAGAGAUGAAGGUUAAAGUCAGAUUAGCAUAUUUACAGAGUGCAUAAGUGCAUCGUUUGGUUGACUAUGCUACAAACGUUUUGACUUUUGGGAAUGGCUGUUGGUGUAGCUCAGACUGUUUGAGUGAAUCUGUUUCAGGAUGAAUCAAAACACCUGGAUUUAGGAUUUGUUUGCUUUAAGUUUUCUUUUGGUUUCUUCCACAAGAACGUCAACAUUCACACUUUCAUUGCUUCUGUAAGGGAAAUAUUUGUCUACAUGGUUUUUAGUCUUAGAUGAACAGGGUUUCUCCCUUUUAGCAUCAUGUGAUCACACUGUAUUACCUCUGAAUUCCUGUUUGCCAGGCCUAUAUUUCAUGAAGAAGCACUGGGCCGGGCUCACGUUUGAAUAUUUCUGGAACAGUUACUCAGCUACAGUUAAUCAUCAGGUUCAUGGUCAACCCAAUUACGUCUUAACUGUUACCUCCUAGUGUUUGUCUCUCUAGCUGCUUUCUCUCUCUCUCUCUCUCUCUCUCUCUCUCUCUGAGGUCAUGUGUGGCCUGAACAGGGCCCUUGCAGUUCAGUGCCUUGCUCACUGGCGCCCCCUUUCUGUCUCCACACACAGCACACUAAUGACUUUGCCCUGUACACCGAGGCCAUUAAGUUUUUCAACCACCCCGAAAGCAUGGUCCGCAUUGCAGUUCGCACCAUCACACUCAACGUCUACAAAGGUGAGUGCCGAUAACACGCAUGUGUACACUCUGAGCGCACACAAACACACACACAUACUGAUGGGAUGCUGGGACAGCCGACCGCCUCGCUACAUACUCCUGUCUUCUUUCUGCCACUACUUCUAAUGCAUGAGCAUGACUAACAGGUAACUCUGAAACAAAUAGAAACACUCAUGUUAGCCAUACAUGUCUUCUUUUUUCUACUGUAAGUCAAAGGUCCUGCAGAGGUAUGCUGUUAACAGUUCAUUUGAUACGUAAUGCCGCCUGCAGUGUUUCGGAGUUUUAUUUGCAGUAAAACUAUCUGCACAUCAACACAUGCUCAUAAGUGACGCUCAAACAAAGGGUCUAACAUAGACCAGGGGCCUCAUUUACAAAGCUUGCUUACGCACAAAACCUGGCUUGAAAGUGCUUACGCCACUUCUUACGCAAGAGUUGGGAUUUAUAAAAAAAAAAACUAGUGUAGGAAUGUGCGCAUCUUUAAGCAAACUCCACACCUUGCUUACACACUUUUUGGAGACAAUUGGAGCAAGGUGAGAACAAUGGUUAAUGGAAAGCGCGCGUAUAAAAAGCCAUACAGUGACAGUCGUGCGCAAUGCAGCACAAUUUUCAAGUUUCAAGUUUUAUUUGUCACAUGCCUAAAUGUACAGGUACAGUGGCAGUGAAAUACAAGUGACGUCUGCGAUUGUGCUAAAAAACCAUAAUAAUAAUAAUGUAAAGGCUGUUCAGAGGGUGUUGUGAAGUCAGUUAUGGGGUGUGUGUUAUGAGGAGUUCAGGAUCCGAGUGGUCUGGGGGAAGAAGCUCCUUUUCAGCCUCUCAGUCCUGGCUCUGAUGGAGCGAAGCCUCUUACCCGAGGGCAGCCACUCAAACAGUCUGUGGUUGGGAUGGUGAGUGUUUGAUAAUCCGUCUUGCCCUGGACCUGCCCCGCUGGGUGUAGAUGUCCUGGAGGCCGGGCAGUGCAGUACGGGUGAUGCGUUCAGCACAACGGAUGACUCGAUGCAGGGCCUUUCUGUCCUGAGAGCUGCAGCUGCCGUACCAGGCAGUGAUGCUCGCAGAAAGCACAGACCCCACUGUGGCAGUGUAGAAAGUUUGCCAAUUUGAAUUUACAAAUGUGCAAAAAAAAAAUUCUAUUUACAUUCAUUUGUUUUAAGAUUGAUAUGAAUAAAUCUUAUCACCACAAACUUUCAACACAUAAGUAUCGGUAGAUAACGGAGCAGUAUUUUUUUGGAACACAUGCAUGAGUGUCACACGUGCUUGUGUUUUCUGAUCCUCACCUGUCGCCGCCACGCUCCGACGGUGCAAAGCCACUUUUUACUUUGCCUCCACCUUUAGAUCAGACCACUUCUUCUUGAUUUCGGUAACGCUGCGCUCAGUGCCAUAAGGUCUCCCGUCUCGCCGCCACCUCAUUUACAAGAACCUCCACCUCGGUCUCUGAAAAGUUUCUUUUUCUACGACUUGCUGAUGCCAUGAUUAAGCGUGAGAUGCCAUGGAUCCAUCAGGCUUAUUUACAUGCAAAUCACGUUCAUGAGGUAAUUUGCAUGACCAUACAUGGUGAAUUUUGGGUGUGGAGAGGGCGGGGCAUGAAUCAAAUCCGUGCUGCGCAACUUUCUGGCUGGUCUGCAAUUUAUAAAGGGAAAGUGCGUGCAGGUGUGCGUAGGCAGGGUUUUAUAAAUCAGAUUUUUUUUUUUGCCUACGCACUUUUCAGCUUUUCGACUUACGUACACUUUUAGUAUGGAUCCUACGCCAGGUUUUAUAAAUGAGGCCCUAGGUAUUUACUAAACAUAUUCCCGGGGGUUGACAAAUGGUACCAGUUCAUCUUUGAUAAUUGAAACACCAAAUUGAAAUCAUUGCAAAGGAAAACAUUAUUUAAGAAAAUGUGCAUAUUUAGACUCUGCGGACCAACAGCAUAUGCGUAGGUCCCUUAGUUGUACAAACAAGCCAUUCAGAGAAAUUGCGGAAAUAUAAAAGGGUUGAUGUCUUGUUACUGAUACAAGCUUCCUUUUUUAGAGUCAUGACUCGAAUACGAAAGCAUAAUAAAAAUGGGUUUUAAAACUGUAACUGAGACAAAAAGUAUGUGGGAUAUAUUCAACCCUAUUUUACCUGGAAAUGCAACACCCUGGUAGGCGGUAGACUCUCUCAUGCGCAUAUCAGCUCCAGAAAACAAUAAGAGACCACUGCAAGAAUGUCCUCUUUUCUGGAACCACUAUACAGUGAGCGUUUUUGUUUUAGUGUGUACAAUAUUUCUCAUAGCUUUUCAAAUUCCAGAUAAAGUUUUCUUCUUUGAUCUAAGAGUUAUAUUGGGAAUAGGGCUGAAACGAUUACUCGAGUAACUCGAGUAACUCGAUUAAUAAAAUUCCUCGAGGCAAAUUAUAUGCCUCGAGGAAUCGUUUAAAUCCGGAACCAUGUGCAGCGCACGGUGUUUGACACGGACGGUUAUUUCUGUUGCGCAGCAGCGUGCUCUUUCCGCUCCUUCCGCUGCCGCGCGUUUCAUAGACAUAAUAAAAGGGUAGACCCCGCUGGGGGUGCUGCGCAGCGAGAAAUGCGGCCGCCAUCUUGGUUAGGUCAAGCUUCCCAUACGCUCCGGUCAAUCAUAUUCAUUCAUUCAGCGAUGCCGGAGCACUGUGCGGCGUAUUCCUGUGCCAACAGGCGGACAGCAGAGAACAGGGCUCAAGAAAUAACUUUUCACAGUUAUGAUUAAACGUUUUUUAAACAUUACACUUGACUGUAGAGUCAUUUGUAGGCCAAAGAGGAAGACUAUCGGUCAACUCCAAAAAGGAAACAGCAUUUGCGAACAGCUAGCUUAUUCACAAUAAUAGCAACUUUGGUCGAUUAUCAACAGAUUUGCAUUAGAUUGAAAAACUUUUGUUUGAGAGAGGUUCUAAGAAACGUUAAGAAAUAAAAUAGAAAGAAAAAGGAAGAAAGUGAGCUCUGUUUUAUUAUCUGUUUUAUUAAAGAUUUCUUUGUGGUGAUCUCCUGUUUCAUUUUGAAGAUUUCCUAAGGACAAAAACUUGAGGAAGAAGUGGGAGAUUGCUGUUAGAGGGAGAAAUUCGCAGCAAGUGAUUCCUCUGUGCUGUGUAGCCAACAAGCAAAUUGAUAUGUAGUUUAGAUGCUGUCCUGUCAUGCUGUUCUUGUGUUUAAAUCUUUUUGAUAUGUAGGCUAUAUAUUUGUGUGUAUUUUCCAGUUAUUAAAAUAGUGCUUCUAUAUGACAUUAUUUGUGUGUGUCUACAAAUGGAUAAAUAAAAUUAAACUAUAUAAAAAAUUAUAAUCAAAUCAAUAUAUAUUGAAUUGGCCUAUUAAUACCGCCAGUUAUUAAUAAUUAUUGAGACAUAGCAGGAACCUAGCUCUAAACCUAAAUAUAUCCUUGAUUAAUUGUUAUACUAUAAUACAGCCACUGCUGCCAUGUUCUAAAAUAUCAUUUUAUUCAUUCUGAGUAUUUGAAAACGCCAAAAAAAAAUAUGGCCUCUAUCAUGCCUCUUUGAAUGGCAUUUGCAGGGAAGAAAAUUACGUAGUAUUGAGCGAACUAUGAUUCAUUAAUGCGCUCAGACUUCAUUCCGCCGGUUAAACAGCGGUGCAGAGUGAGGCGGAUGACCGGACCAAGAUGGCGGCCGCAUUUCUCGACAGCGCCCAUUCGUGGUAGCGGCCGAUGCGGGGUCUAUCUUUUAUUAUGUCUAUGGCGCGUUUGGUUCAAUCAUGGAGGGAAACGAGGACAGACAGAGAGAGGAAGAAAGAGAUGACACGCAGAGGAAACGGCAGAAAGUGUCUAAAGUGUGGGACCAUUACACACUGAAAAGUAAAGAAAACGCCGUGCAGUGCGUUCACUGUAAGGCGGAGUUGGCGUUUCACAACAGCACGUCGUCAAUGCUGCAGCACCUUAAAAGAAAACACCCGGUCCAUGCAUUAAGUCCGCUCUGAGGCAAACGUGAUUCAAUGCAAAGUAUUACAGUGAGAGCAAAACAUUUCUUAUCCGAUUACUCGAUUAAUCGACAGAUUAAUCGAUAGAGUACUCGAUUACUAAAAUAAUCGAUAGCUGCAGCCCUAAUUGGGAAGCAACCCUGAUUUCACUGACAGGUUGCUGUUGUGUGACUUGAUAGAAAUUCAAGUAUCCUGGCUUUUCUCACUGGUGUCAGGUGAUCACCAAAACGGUGCAAUAAGUGCAAAGAGUCUCUUUCAUGCUUCUAGAGAUGCUGAUUUCAGGAAAGAUUUGGAGUGGUCUCUCAUUUUUGACAGGGCUGCAUCAACCAACAGCUAAAUGAAGUCCUUUUUUUUUUUUUUUCCCGAAAUAUGUACUUUCAUUUAAGUCUCCCUCACUCUCACACUCUUGAUAACUCAAGUCCUCUGUGAGGGUGAGCUGCACAGCAUUGAUGCUCUGGUUCUUUAAAAAUGAAGGAUUUCUUUUUAGUCUGUUUUGCUCUGUGCACUGCUUCAUUUUCCUGCUGUUUCUCAGAGCUGCUCGAUCCCAGGGGGCGCUCCACACAUCAUGCAAUUCUUCACUCUAAAUGACAUUACCUCAACAUAAAGUCACUGCAACAUACACACUCUGAUGUCCUGUUUGUCUCUUUAAAUGUGUGUCUAAGUCCAGCAUGAUAACUUUGCAUCAUAACUCCAGUAGAGUGAUUGUGCAACUCCCAACAGUGACACUAACACAGCUUGUAGAAAUGGCCUGAAGUAACCAAAGUUCUAAGAUACGGGCUGUAUCGUAUCUGAGGUAACCUAUUGUAUCAAAACAGGGCUGGCAUUGGACUGUGCUAUAGUAAGAAAUCAGCCAAAGAGGGAAGCAUGAAGUCAAAAAAAGCAAAGAGCAAACCAGGUGAUUUUGAACCUGCGUCUUAGACCGUUCAUUGCAUCCUGAUCUAGUGCUGUAGUAGAGACUGCUCAUUGAGGCAAAACAACAUGAAUGAACAACAUGAAACAACAGGAUUGAAGUACGUGCUGUGCCACAGUGCUAAAAUGGGUCAGUAUAAUGGGAUGAAAAGUUAAGGUGAUGCUUUUUGAUGCUUCCUUCUGAUUCGACUUAAAUGCACUGCAUAAAGAAAAAAACAGUCUGGAAAAGGAUUAAACCCACAGCAACAGGCUCACCAACAUGUCAUUUAAAUGCCAAAGUCAAGUUCUGCGCAAACAAUAGCCUUCCUCCUGUCCAUUUUUUACAUGUCCUUGUGUAUAAGCUGUAAAAUGUGAUUUUUUUUUUUUUUUGUGACUCCUUUUGCUCCUUUGCCAGAUGUGUUGUUGUUUGCAGUACAUUUGUUAGGAUAUCAGCGGGGUCCUUUCCAGCCUCCACCCCCCUCCACAGCCGCCCCUUUACUCACAUUAACCUUGUGUCUGUUUCCCCCUCUCCCUCCUCUUCCUCUUCAACAACCACUUCUUCCUCUCUUUGUCUCUCCCCUCCCCCUCUCUCCCUCCCCCUGCCCCUCCCUCCCUCUGCGCGCCCCAUCUGCCUAACUCCAGUUUCAUGUAAGUUGGUUCCAUUCAUUCAGUCUUUAUCUUAGGGCUGGGUAUCUCUGACGCAAUCUGGCAGCACUGUGCAGUGUUGACAUCAACACCAGCCUAUGAGCAGGUCGUGUAACAUUAAUUUGAACACCUCAAAUUUGUGAUUGAAAGUUUAUAUUUCUCUUCACACUUGAGUUGUUGUUGUUGAUACCCAGCCCUGUCUGUUUCUAAUGGUGUACUUGUUUUAAUGUAUUGGUGUUGAUAGAUCUGCAGUUCUUGUUCUUGUUCUUGUGAUUCAUUCUGGUCCCCCUCCUACAUCCAUGCAGAAAAACCUGCAUGCUUUUUUUCAGACUUUCCAGCGUUAAUUUGACCACAGAUUUAAUUUUAGCUGAGCUCCAGUUACCGGCUGUUAUUUGGUGAUGGGUCUGACACUUUUUCUCACUGUUAUUAUUCACUCAGUAUCUCCUUUGCUGUAUUUCUAAUUUCAUCCACUAAAUGCCUCUGUUUUUAUGGCACUUGUGUAGUGAAGGCUUGUGAUUUGUCUUUUUUUCUGCUUUUGUGUUGAUCAAAUGUUUGAUUUUUCUGCUCAGUUAUUACUUUAGUUUGGCCAAGAUUUUGGAUUAUCAUGAUGAAAAUACCCUCUGCCUUAAUUUGGACAAAUGUAUAAGAAGGUGGUAGCACAUUUCGAGCCAGUGGAGCUUUAAUGCAGUAUAGGUAUCAGAAAAAGCAGAUGUUGCUGUGAUAAGUUGUGAAACUUAUUUGACAUGGGUGUUACAGGAAUCUGCUAAAUUAUUCUGAACUUUAGGACAUACAGUAUUCCCUUUUAAAGAGCCAAGUCUCUCUUGAACCCCCACCCCUUUUGUUUUUUUUAACUUUGGUCCAUUUCUAAAGAGUGUAAAGUUUAGCCAGCAUCUCGUCUGACACUGAAUGGGGGAUAAUGUAAAGUAGAGAUGGACUGAUAUAUCAGUCAGCUGCUUUUCUUACUUAUUUCUUACUUAAGAACUGGGCAGAUACCUAAAGGUUCUCUCCUUGCAGUGUUUUCCUGAGCCAAACAUUUUUCUGUCUACUUUUAUUUUAUGAAGUGUUUACUGCAGGUCAGCAAUUUUGAUCACCAUUUUUCAGCAUUAUUAUAUUUAACAAACAAUAUAUAUCAUAUUGGCAAUAUAUAUUCGCCAUCAGCCAACCUGCUCUCUCAUAACAAGCAUUAGCAUUAGCUGGUUAUAAGAGAGCAUAAUGUAUAGCUUUGCAUCAGGGUCUCAGUCGUAAACUUAAACUGGCCUGAGACAUAAACUUAAAUUUGUGCAUUCGACAUUUAAAACGAUACGUAAUCGAGUUGUCAAAGGCGUGGCAUUAUUUGUGUGGUUGAUUAAUCAGUUAAUUCAUUAAACAAAAUCAAGCAUUAGGAGUAAGGAUUAGGAAAGCCAGGUGAUGGGCAGAGGAGCUCACGCGUAGUCCUCAUGAACAACCAAAUGUCACCAAAUCGGACUUAAGUAACUGGGAGGUGAAGCUUUUUAAGCUUUAUGCAAUGACACUUAUAAAUGGACUCAGUUUCAUGAAACUUAAUCAGAAAUUCUUUUGAACCUUUGAGCACAAAUAAGUUUAUUAAUCGUUAAACAUUUUCUCAUGGUUGUUUGGUUUCAUAACUUAUUGUUCAAAGUUAGUUCAAAUCGAGCUAAGUGAGUGUGACAGUGACGAGUGAAGGCUCAGAAAGCUAGUUUCACUGUCAUGGUAAAUAUCAGCUCAUCUGGCUCCCCUCAGACUCUCACUUCUGUUUGUGUUGUAAUUAUAAUGGACUGACUGGACCGAUUUGUGCUCCUAUUUUGGCUUAAUUUGUUUGGUUAAUUUUCUUAAUUUGCAUCUUAUAUUUUAAGCUUUUUUGGUCAUACUGAACUGUGAGACUUUGGUACAUUAAUUACAUAUAUAUGUGUAUGUGUAACUCUGAGCUUUUAUUCAGACUGAUGACAACAACCCUAAUCCAGCUCUUGAUUCUGACCCUCUUAUCUCCAGUGGACAACCAGCACAUGCUGCACUACAUCCGAGAUAAGACAGCAGUCCCAUAUUUCAGCAACCUGGUCUGGUUUAUCGGCAGCCAUGUCAUUGAGUUGGAUAAGUGUGUGCAGACGGAUGAAGAGUGAGUAUAAGCUGCGUCUGUUUUGAUGGAUCUAGUACUGAUUGUCACUGUGGCCACUAGAGGUCAGACUUGUGUUAACCCUAAUGUUCUGAUACUCAUUAACUGAUUGUUGAAGCAAAGCGCAUGGUACCUGAUUUACCUUGCAUCAUUGUCAAUUUUGACUUUAAUCAUAGUACGACAGUGGCUCGUGUCGUUACCUUUUAAGAAAAAACUCCCAAACUCUGAUCUACCAAAUUGAAAUGAGUACCGACUCCACUUGAAAAAGAUCUCACCCCCUCUUCCUUUGCUGUGCUUCAGACAUAAGAACAGGGGGAAGUUGAGUGACCUGGUAGCGGAGCAUCUUGACCACCUUCACUACCUGAAUGACAUCCUCAUCAUCAACUGUGAAUUCCUCAAUGAUGUUUUGACCGACCACCUCCUCAACCGGCUCUUCCUGCCCCUCUAUGUCUACUCUCUGGUCAGCCCAGAAAUGGUAUGUUGCCUAGACCUGUAUGCAUGAAUAAAAACCUUAUUUCACUGGUGAGUGGAGGCCUGACGUGAAACAGCUUCUCCCAUAUAUUUCUAAGAUAUGUUUUUAUACAGUGUGUUUAUUUUUUUCAUUUUUUCCCUUUAGACAAAGGCUUUAUUGUUCUCACGUAAUUAUGAAUACCUUUUGUCAUUGAUUGAUCUGUUUAUUAGAUAUUUAAGUAUUUUUUAAAAUGGAAAAUUUCAUGUCUAACAUUGUUGUUAAAAUCCUCCUUAAAGCACAUUUUUUACAAGUUGCUGUCAGUAAAUACUUGGCUUCUUUGAUUACCCUUAAGAACACUUGUGGUUUAGUAGCAAACAUUCGCAAAGGUUAGGAUCCUGUGAAUAAAAACAGAUUUUGCCACUUUAUGUUUGAUUGCAAAAAGUACAAAAAUGGCAGGUUUCAUGACUUUAUGAAAAGUAUAUGCUCAUCUUGAAUUUGACUGACAGCAGCAUGUUUUAAAAAGGUGGGACAGGGAUGAGACGGCACUAACAAAGUUGCGCAAGCCUUAUGGUAUCUAACAUUCCAUGGUUAAAAAAGGCAUUCCUCAGAGGCAGAGUCUCCCAAAUGUAAAAAUAGAAAAGGCUCCACCACUCUGUGAGAGACUACUUGAGCAAAUAGUAGAUCUAUUACAGAUCUAAGAGUCUGGGGAUUUUAGCAUGAAAUCACUAGUAUAUUUAGAGAGUCUGAGGAAAUAGUUGCACAAAAGAGAAGACCAAUCUGCAAUACUAGACAACUGUGGCACUACAUUAAAACAGACAGGACUCUGAAGUGUAAAUCACUGUAUGGGCUCACAACUAAUUCCAAAGAUCAUUUUGUGUGAACACGGAUGGUCACUGCAUUUACAAAUGAUAUGUUAUCUUUGUAUUACAUGAAAUUAAACACAAGGUUUGAAUAAUAUGCCAUCUCUUAAACCAGAUUUUAUUGAGAUUUCACAGAGUUGUCCAAUGAAUAGAAGCAGAGAAGGGUUUUAGCUCUAAUGUAAUGAUCAGAAGUUAGCAGAUAUGGUCCUUGGCUACUAAACGACCAAUUUUGCCAGACCAUUUGCAAUUUAUGCUUUUUUCUCCUCUCUUUUUCCAGUCUGACGACAGGCGAAUCAACCCUCAGGUGUCCCUCUAUCUGCUGUCUCAAGUAAGCACCUAGCUAGCAUUGGAGCUCUUGAGUGUUGUAACUGUGUGGCUGCUUGUCAUUUUGCUAAUCCAUCACAUGGUUUCAGGCUCCUGGUAAAGUAUUAACUGAAUGAUGGUUAUGAGAGAGCAUCUUAUGGAAAAAGUUGACAGGUUUUGUACACUUUCAGUUAGUUUUGUUCAGCUCUGAAACUCACAAAGGUAAGUCAAGAAGUGUAAGUGCUGUUAUGUAUGCACGUUUCUUUAUGUUCACGAAUAAAAGUAAAUGAAUACUGCUGCAUUACAAAGGAGGACUACUUAAUUCCUUUGGUUUUUCUAGUACCUGUCGCUCUGCUCUACCUCUAAUCUACUUUUACUGAUUGAGGAUGUCUUGUAUGUUUUGCAGGUGUUUCUGAUCAUCCACUAUCAGCCAAUGGUCCACACCCUUGCUGAUGUUAUCCUCAACGGAGACCUGUCUGUCUUCACCCCGCAUACAGACACACACAGCACACACAAGAACACGGUAACACACAAAGCACCCGCAACAUGAUUCAGAACCACUCACACAGAAAUAAAAACACACUCUGGGAGUACAGAAGACAAGUGCACCUACGCAGGCAACCACAUGGACACUUGCACACAGGCUGUAGUUCCAGGAGUGCGUAUUGGUGGUUAUGAGACUGUGGGGUCAUGGUUUUCUGCAUGAUUCACCCACAUCAAGGUGGAGACAUGCAGAUUACUUUCAAAGUUUUUCUUCUAUUUUCUUUGACCGGUAUCACUCUCUUUUAUUUGAAAUCUCUUUCUCUUUCUCUCUUAUUUCCUCUUUUCUCUGUCUUUUACUCUUCCCUUUUCACCCCCUGAUCUUCCCCAAUGAAUCCACCUCACCUUUCACUCUCAUUCAGUCCUCUUUCCGUCUUUCAUUUUAGCCCAUCCCUCCCGAUUUCUUCACUUUUCAGACCAUCUGUUUAUGAAGCAGGUGGGUGUGAGCGUUUCUGAGAACCCCUGCGGUUAUUCUCUGCGCUGCUUGUGUGCGUGUGAACAUGUGCGCUAGACAUGUGGCUGUUUUGAGAAGCAGCCUACCUUUUCAGUGAAAGUGAGCUAAGGUGUGAUCUUUGAACCAUAACAGUCUACCACAACAAGAGGCAGCAGGAACCAAAGCUGUACCUGCAAGUGAUAUUUGCAGUGCAAGAACAACUUAAAUCAGUUUUAGACUUUUGCAUCAAAGUUUUUUGUAGAGAUUUAAGAAGAAUAAUAUAUAUCAGUAGAAAAUAUUUGUCCAGACUUUUAAAUGUAGUGUUUAAGACUGUUCUGAGGUAGUUUCACCAUUGUAUGGCUUUUUGCUCAUUUUCUGUUUCAUCUAUCUAUGUUCUUUUUAACUUCCUUGGUUUUGGGCCAUUUAUAAUGUUGCAGCUGGAGCUUUGUUGACUCCACAACAUUAAAGCACCAAGAGAAUUCCAUGUAACCCACAAUUUGAAAGAACGUUUUUUUUUCCUUAUAAAAUGUUUAAAUAAGAUUUUCUCUUUGCAAAUUGAUUACUCUUCCAAGUGGUGACAUUUUGACAGUAUAAUAACCUUCAGCAACACAAUCCCCCUUAUCUUGACUAUGCCCACCAUCCUGCCAGUCCCCAUCUCCCCUACAUCAGCCCUUACCCCCUCCAGGACUGGAUGGCAUCCAUCUUUAACUUAGACCUUGUAGAAAUCAAAGUGUGGGGUCAACAGUGAGAUGUGAAAACAUGAACUGGGCUGUGAUGUACUAUUUGAGCUUGGUCAGUAGAGAAAGCACUCCAUCUAGAGGGGCUAAAGUCCUCCUCUGAUCAGUCUCCAGCUCCACUCCCAGCCUACGCCCUUUGGUGCAUGUCAUGCUUUCUUUCCUCUUCCUGUGUCCCUGGUUUCUCCUUGGCUGCCCCAUUGAAAACGGCAGUUAAUUUUUUUGUUUUGUUUUGUUUUUUAAACUUAAUGUGUUGUUUUUCUCAGAUCUUGGUUCAAAGUCAGUCAGCUAGGUUCUGUACAGUCUGGGGGAGGUUGAAAGUUUGAUGGCUGUGGCAGGUAAAGACACUUGUGAGGAGAUGAAGGUGCGUAAAAAUGUCUCUGUUUCCUCAAAGCAUGUUAUAGCUGGAAAUUUUCCCAAACAGUAAAAACAUCGCUAUUCUAGGUGGUCAAAAUGUUAAGUUGUUGGCGUUAAAUCUAACCCUGAUGAUAUACAAAAGAUACUAAAAAGUUUACAAAAGUCUUUUUUCUUAGGUCUUCUGGAUUUUUAAUGCAAAUUGUUCCUGCCACAUCAGAUAAAAUGGCUGCUGUGUUUGGGUUUGAUUUAUUGUAGAUGAAACAGACUGAGGGGGGCAUGGGAUCUGUCUCAGCACAGGUGGUCACAGAGUGCUUCCUGUUUGUCUGUGAUGUGGCAGGAAAAGAGGUCACAUGAUGGAGCCGUGACAGAGCUCACCUAACCCAAAUCUCUUUCCUGGAAGAUGUAAAGAAGUGUGUGUGUGUGUGUGUGUGUGUGUUUCUUUGCUCUCUUUCUCUCUUUUGAACACGUUUGCUUGCAAGUGCACCAGAUAGGCACCUGAAAACACCAUUUGCAUGUUUGUGCAGAAGUAUCUUUUUUUCUCAGAAACACACGCACCCUUUGUUUAGUUUACCUGCAAACGGCACUUUUUAUAUGACAUGAUGCCGUGUGUGUGUGUGUGUGUGUGUGUGUGUGUGUGUGUGUGUGUGUGUGUGUGUGUGUGUGUGUGUGUGUGUGUGUGUGUGUGUGUGUGUGUGUGUGUGUCUGUUGUGUAACACACCCACUGAACUCCUAUGAUUUCUCAGCAUAUGCUCUAAGUGUGAGCGGUUUACCAGAAGAUAGUCAGCUAGCAGGGACAAAAUAUACACUCAACCACGCACACACAUACACACACACUGAUAGUAGUCUAUGGUUUGUGUCUAGAGCAUGCACUGUGUGUUUUCAUCAGAAACUACAACACAAGCCCUAAGGCUCUGCUGCAUCAGGUGUUUGAUGUAGAUGUUAAUCACUCAAAGUAGCGGAGCAGCUAAACAGUAGAGAAGUCUGUUUGCACAGUGUAGGUUUAUUUUAGACGAUAAAAAAAACCUGCUGCUCAUGACUGAUACUAAUUAUAAAAUUGGUGAUAUUGUUUUCACAUUUUUGUAUUCAAUAAAUAAAAUUGUUGUGUAUGCAAGCCUGAAAGAUUUAUAUUUAUACUCUGUACUUAGUGAUUCUGACAUCACUGUUAACAAAAAGUAAUUUGUAGAAAAUUCUGUUUCUUUUGUAUGCUUUUAACAGGAUACAACAGACACCAUCACCAAUAUAGACAUCAUUAAAGGAGCUAAAAAAAGAAGGAGAAAAAAAGAUUACGGUUCUUGUCAUUGUGAUAACUCAGGUUUACUGUAAGUCUCUGUUUACACCUCUGCUCAGCAUAUUAUCAUCCACCAGCUGUUUCCUGUGUCUGAAUCUGUCUUGGUUUUUUUUGUGAGAAGCUAGCUUUGUCAUAGUUCCAGUACUGCAGCCUCAAACCAUCUUUUUAUCGUGUGUGUGUGUGUGUGUGUGUGUGUGUGUGUGUGUGUGUGUGUGUGUGUGUCAGGUGGUCAUUUUCUGCUCUACUCUGAUGAACUUAAUCAGAGAGGAAGUGGCUUGUGUGUGUUCAUAGACUUUGAUCAAUUGAUAGCUCAUGGUAGGAUUUACUGUAAGACACUGUGUUUGUCUGCAAGUGUGAGAAUAUAUACACGUGCAAGUUAUGUAAUUUCUUUUGUGUGGAUGCCUUUUUUUCUCUUUCUAUUUAUGUAUGGAGGAUGAAAAGAGACAUCAUGAAAUAUAUAUAUAUACAUAUAAAAGGUGUAUAUAUAUAUGUGUGUGUGAAUAUAUAUAUAUAUGUAUAUCUAUAUAUAUAUAUAUAUAUAGAUAUAUAAAUAUAUGUGUGUGUGUGUGUGUGUAUUGGGCGGUAUUUUUUGUUUUUGUUCAUUAAGUCACUAGAAAUCAAAUAAGUAUAAACUUAACAAAGAACUACAAAUGAAUCAGUAUGAUAAAAAUAUAUCUUUUUUCAAAAUCAUGGAUUUUGGAAGGCUCAUGUCCUAUAGCCUGUUGGUUGACUACAGAUGCAUCAUCUUGAAGACUUAAAAACAGGCAACUGGACUGUGUAGAGUUAAGAAGACGUUUCGCCUCUUAUCCAAGAAGCUUCUUCAGUCCUAAAAGUGCUAGUGUCAGGAGCAGAUAUUUAUCUUACUGGAGAAGGGGGACAGUUAACGACUGGCUGGAGUUGAAAAGAAUGGGUCGUAGAAACCCAUCUCUCGGUGUGUCCCCCCCAAGUCGUUAUCCUGAAAGGGUCGUUAGCAACUCCUAUCAUGUGACCACAUGACUCAUGCCACCUGAGUCAUGUGGUUCCAGGUGUGAAUGUUUGUGGAGCUUCCUGGGGAGAGAGCUGAGAACUGCAUUGUAAGUGCCAGAGAGAUUGUGCCUGAGUCCACCCCCUCUGUUCAGAGAAGGUUUCUCCAGCCUGGUAAAGAUGGCUUCUUUAACUCCUCUUUCAAACCAUCUGUCUUCUCGAGCCAACACCUGUACAUCGCUGUCCUCAAAAGAGUGACCUGUAUCCUUCAAGUGAAGGUGGACAGCUGAGUCCUGACCUGAGGAAGUGGCUCUCCUGUGUUGAGCCAUGCGCUUGUGAAGCGGUUGUUUAGUUUCCCCAAUGUACAGGUCUGAGCAUUCCUCGCUGCACUGGACAGCAUAUACCACAUUACUCUGUUUAUGUCUCGGUGUUUUGUCCUUGGGAUGGACUAGCCUCUGCCUUAUAUUAUAGUAAUAAUACCUUAUCAAUGUAAACAAUGUCAGCAGAGACAUGACAUAAACUUUACUGAAUACUGGAUUUACUGGAUUAAAGAUUUGCCCAUGAACAGACCUGGCAUCCAUACCAGAGACUGUGGGGCACUUUCGUUAUUAUAGUGUUAAAAUAACAAUGGUCGGGUGCUUUGUAUUCAUACUUAAGCAUGAAAACAAAGAUGUUUCUGACCUACACUUGGGCGAGCAGUAAAGUUCCAGAUAUUUUAGCUUCACUUUUGGGUGAUGCUGUUGUGUCAUCUAUCUUUCUAUGCAGUUGACGUUCUUCACAGUAAUUCCUCUAUGAUUUCACUCCCUGAGAUGUGAAAAGUUUUCAUGUCUCAUGCUGUGUUCUCGGUCUUUUCUUCCAGGCCAGUGCAGGGGGUGUGCGCAGAUUUACCAAGCCCCCAGAGUCUUUAGAACGUUCCCUCGAGCUGUCCCGCCACCGUGGCCGCAAGAGAACCCAAAAGAGACCAAACUACAAGAACCUGGGUGAGGAGGAGGACGACGAAAGGGCAGGUGGAGGAGGAGGCAGCGGUGGAGGAGGAGGAGGAGAGGAAGGCUGGGAUGACGACAGCAGAGGAGGGGAGAGAGAGGGAGGUCGAGAGAGGGAGAAGGGAAAAGGUACAGAGGGAGUAGGAGGGAGUUCUAAGGGAAGCAGAGCGAGUGGGGAGACAGCGGAAGGUGAGUGUGUGUCUCGUUGGACACAGCAGUACAGGACUGUGUUUAUGAGUGUUUCUCUACUCCCAUCAAUCAAACACAGUCUGCCAUGAUGCACCCUGGGUACUUAACAGUUGCCACAGCAGCAGCCCUCAUCUCAAAACACAAAGAGUUUAAGACGAAAACAUUAUGCCUGCAGAAAGGGUCAGCAAUUAUUGAGUGGUACUCAAUUUUACAUGAACAUUGCUGUUGUUCAAAAUUAAAAUAUCACUGUACCAAGUCCAGAUCUUUAACAUGUAAUUUCUAAAGUUGAGGUGGUGCAUGAUUCCAGGAGCUGUUAAAACAAUAAAAACUGGAUGGUGAUAAGUGGAGAGUGAGAAAGAGCAGAAGUGGAAAACGGUGCAAGCUGAAGAAAUUGAAGUAAUGAAAGAAUUCCUCUUUGGUUAGUCUUGAGAUGAUGCCUCCCUGUUGUUGCUUCUUCCCCUGUUUGGCACCUUUUUUUAUUUAUUUCCCUGUGGUUACCAUAGCUACCACUGAUCACUUGUCCAACCCAAUCUCCAUGGCAGCUGACUGUCCAUUUCCACGGUGAUACAUCAUUCAUCCUGUGCUCCUCACCUCUCCGCCUGUCUCUCAGUUCUGCUCUGUGUGUGUUUGUGUUUAUUUGCGUACGAGUGUGCACGUGUGUGUGUGUGUGUGUGUGUGUGUGUGUGUGUGUGUGUGUGUGUGUGUGUGUGUGUGUUAUAACAAAAAAUGUGACCAUUUCACUCAUCUGAAAAUUUUCCUUCUUUGCCAUGACUAAAUAGAUUCUGAACAGCAGAGCCUUUGGUUCCUACUUUGUGUGAUGCUUGGAAAGGUCAUAAUUAAAAACUGACUUUAAACUGUUGACUGCGGAAAGGCUGACAUUGUGUCUCCUCUCCUGUCUUGUAAAAAAGUGCAGCCAAAAUGUCCCUCACGACAGAUGCUGACAUCUCUCUUGGGGCCAUAUAAUUGACAUCCCACUUCCUCAGCUCACCAAAACAUAGACAUAACUCAUGAAUGAAACAACAAAGAUUCCUCAGCAUCACAGCUUAUUAAGUAGAUUUUAGUAGUAGUCUGCAGAGUUGUCAGUCAUUGUGUACAGUAAAGCAUUAAAUAAUCGAUUUACACAAAACUCUGACAAAUAAGCAUAGCAGGAGACUUUCUGUCAUACACCUUUGAUACAGUAUGUGGUUUUCUCUUAUAAUGCACGGUGGGCUGCAGAGAACUUUAAUAAACAAGAACUAAAACAUUGAGGCUGUAAAUAUAAAACUCAUCAAAUGAAAGUGGUUGCCAGGCAAAAAGUAAACAUUUGAAGGUAGAUGGAAACUUUUGACAUUAUGCAUAUUUAGUUGUGAACGAUCACUUUGGUCUGACUUAAUGAGAAGCAUUUAACACAAAACAGGACUGGGUAACUUUUUCAUCUUCUGGAAACAGUAGAGGUGAGAAGGAAGCACUUUAGACCGUAAACAUCAAAGCAAACGAUGACCAAGUUUCUCUCUGUGAUUGUUUCAAAGUGUGUUUUUGUCAACAGAGUGUGAUGUGAAAACAUUAACUUCCCAAUAGUGGACCUAAUGCAUGCCAGUACAAAGUGUGUGUGUGUGUGGUUUCUGUCUGUGUGUCUGUCUGUCUAAUUGCGUCAUGCAUUUGUGUGUGUGUGUGUGUGUUGGGCAUUUACAGAGAUAGAGAUGGUGGUGAUGGAGAAGUGUAAGGUCUCUGAGCUGACGGAGCAGAACAUCACCGAUGAGGAGAAGACGGCAGCUGCGACCCGUACACACAUACAGAGGAGCAGGUAUGUGUUUGCUCACAUAUCUGAACUGUUUGACUGGUUUCAAAGUGGAAACAGUGAUUCAGGGAUGGUUUUCACAUUGGAAUCAUAAUCUCAAUUUUCUCACCAUUCAUUUUUAUAAUUUUACAAAACCAUUUUGUAAGUUACUGACCAGCACAGCUGAACUAAUUUCUCUAUUGGAAGAAAUAUAAAAUAUAGCCCUAAAAUAUAAAGUCGGAAUAGACCAGGCAGCACUCAGUGUGUAACUGUUCAUCCUGGCAAUAAAGAUCUGUCAUAAAUUUGAUAUCCAGCAGCGUAUAAAACACUAUCAUUCACAUGGCAUUCAAAUGAUAUGCAUUAGAGUGGUGGGUCUGUGCACUAAUGGCAGCAUGAGUCCAUGUACGAGCAAAGAGCUGAAACAGAGACAAUCAUGUUGUUGUUCUUUCACACAGCCCUAACUUGAUGGGUCCAUGAUGUCUUCUUUCUCCUUGCAGACCGUUCCUAGACAUGGUUUACAGUGCUCUGGACUGCACAGAUGAUGAUUACCAUGCCUUGUUUGUCCUCUGCCUCCUUUACGCUGUGUCACACAGCAAAGGUUUGUCUUUGCAUUUACAUAAGCAUACAUUGAUGAAGUUAGCUAUAGUGGUUUUCCAGAUUAUUGGAAAGUUUAGUUAACCAAAUUAGAGGUCUACGCAGACCUCAGUUGACUGUUAUACAGGAGUAGGAGUCAAUUUACACAACUCAGAUUCAGAUCAGAUUCAGAUUGGAUUUAUUUGUCAUUGAACAUGUCACGAGUGCAGAGCAACGAAAUAUGCUUUCCAGUUCGACCCUUCCAAGAAAACAUAAAGACAGUCACAUACAGUGGGGACAGAAGUGGGAAGAACUGACGAAUCGUCACAAGAGAGGUGCUCCGUUUUCUUUGAUGGGAGAAAAGGAAGACAAGAGGGAAGAGGAGGGAGAAAAAAUAGGAACUCCAAACUCUGCUCCCUUAGGGGGGCGAUAGUGUGGGAUCAGUAAAAAAAAGAAUUGUUAGUUAAAAGUAAUUAGGCCACUGUACAAGAUUCUUAUAAACAUGAAUAAGUGUUUAUCAGAGCAUAAUUAACACCAUUAUUAUUGCUUGUAAGGUACUUAAAGGCUCUGUAUAGAAACUUGUGAUAGUUGUUAAAAGUUUAUAUAACUGUCAGAAAUGUGUAGUGUGUUUAGUAACGGCUCCUCUCCCUUCACUGCAAGAAAUAAAGAUUCAGAAGAUGUUUUUCAUUCUUCUGUAAAUAGUAGAUGAGUUCAGACAUGAGACUAUAGACCAUUGAAAUGUUUUUUCAGGGAUCAAUAAAGCUUACUACUACUACUACUAUUAUUAUUAUUAUUAUUAUUAUUAUUAUUAUUAUUAUUAUUAUUAUUAUUAUUAUUAUUAUUAUUAUUAUUAUUAUUAUUAAUAAUAGCUUUCAAUAUCAUUUAAUAACUUUCACUUGAUGUUACAUUGCAUGAAUAAGACUAUUUAAAUGUAAUAUUAAUGUUCUGUAAGAGUUAAGGUAUAUAAACAGGUAUAUAAAAUGUGAACAAGAAUUAAUCAGAGCCUAUUAAGCUUUUAUAAACACUUAUUAAUUAUUUAUGCUUCUUCUAAGUGUCUAAUUAAUAAUAAAUGCUUGUUACAAGGACCUCAAUAUAAACUGUCAACCAUCCAGAAAAGGAUACAUGUGGGCUGAGGUCAAUUUAAUACACUGAAACUAAACUACUGAAUACAUCAAUUAUAUUUUGGUUUGGGACUUUUCAGGCCUUUAUUGAGAGGAAAUGUCAGUGGACAGAUUAAGAAAAAGGAAGGACAGGGGGCUGAAAGUUCAAUCUAGGUCUGCUGCUCUGAGGUGUGAUUCCACCGUUGUUCAAACUGCUACAGUAAGAUAGUGGUUUAAUUGCAUGGCCAUUUUUGAGGAUGUAGUUAGAGACUGCUAUAUUACUUUAACUUUCCUUUUCUCAGUUCUUAUCAUAAGACCUUUACAGGAAGUUGUAGCCAUAGAAGCUUGUCAUUUUUCUGUUUUACAUUUAGGUUGCAUUAUUUCCUACAUCAUAACACAAUAUUUUUGUUUUGAAGUACAAGCUACUUCAUUCUUUUUAAUUUUUAGCGGGAUAUCAGUGUUUAAAGUCUCACUCUUUUUUUUUUUUACUUCUGAAAGUGUUCUCAGUGGGUUAUUAAAUUGCGAUAAUGAAGUUUUUGGUCAAAAUCAUGUUAUCUGUGUCGUUUUCAAGGGCUUCGAUUCUGCUGAGCUCCAGUAGCUCAUAAGCAAUUCACCAUUUGAGUCGUGGGCAGAGACAGCGCUGCUCUGCACACUCCUCUUCAUGCUAGCUUGCAGCCUAAUAUUGCUUGUGCAGCAGAAGUAGCAGGUAACAUAGGAGCUAUUCAGCUCUUGGACACUAAUGUCUUUGGGGACAUGAUGACGUAUUAAAAUUAGCUUUCUUACGAGCAUAGCAGUCCACUAAUGCACACACUUGUUCUGCGAUCAUCUCUCUAUUUCGCCAAGUCUUGCCUCCAUAGCGGGCUCUGGGGGCGCUGAUAUGUCCUGUAGCAUCAGAAAAAUGCCAUAUGAACAUGUAGACGACAAGAAAAACAUGAUUUUCGCUGGAGUGGGUCUUUUAAUAUUUUGUGAAGGAUGGUUAUAUAUUAUUGCUACAAUGCUAAUGCUGAGCAAAAGAUGUCCUUACGUGGUCUUAAAAUAGAAAACACCUUUCUAUGUUUAGAUAGUAUUCAGCUGAUAAAAUGCAUUGUCGAAAACUCUGUGUAGUAUCAGGCCUUAUUUUUAUAGCUGAGCUGGUGCAUGUACAGUAUGUAGGCUGAACUAUGUAGUAAGACCACAGUAAUGUCACUUUACAGGAUAGUUUCUAUUGAUUUCAGUUUCUUUUUACUUUCUAUAACUCCACAUUGUGUAUGUUAUGAUGCCAUAUCAGCAUUUAUAUGUAUUAGCAUGGCCGGCCUUGGUCUGUUCGCAGGAAUAAACCGAGAUCUUCUGGAGCGCCUUCAGCUGCCAGUUCCUGACCAGGAGAGGACUUCCUACAGCCUGGUGCUGGUAGAGAGACUGAUCAGGAUUAUGAACCAGGCAGCACAGCCAGGUAACACACAUAUACACACACACACAAACACACAUAUAUAAAAAAAGAAUAUAUUACCACCUGCCUGUUCAGUCAAGUUGAGACCUUCGAUAUGUGUUAUGUGAGGAUUUGCUUGUGAAAACAAAAAUAUUAUGCAGGACAUUUAUAAAAAUCUUGUGAACAUUUUAUGUUUUAAUACUCUAGUGUGUUUGUUACAUCUUAGACUGCAUUAUUGCACAUUAUUUCAUGUACACUUUGCUUAGUUAAGUGAUAAGGAACUAGAGUGAGCCAUCCUUGUGACAGAUUGCAAAUUUCUGUGUGGGUGUGUGUGUUAAUCUGUGUAGACGGUAAAGUGCGUCUUGCUACCUUGGAGCUGAGCUGCCUUUUGCUGAAGCAGUCGGUGUUGUCAGGAAACGACUGCAUAAUUAAAGAUGUUCAUCUGGCCUGUCUGGAGGUAAAGCACCUUCACACAUGUACAAGUUUCUGUCAUCACAAUGCUUUUGCUCUCAUAUUCAGAAUCAAUACAACCACAAACACACGUAGAGUUUGAGGGGUUGGAGCAGGCCAGUGGGAAGUUGCAUCACUUAUGAAUGUAACAGGGUAUAUAACCUGUUCCUCUGAAUCGGUGGUUUGUCAAUGAUUGGCCAUUUGUGGUUGUGGCUCAACAGCUCAACACAUGGUGUGUGUGUGUGUGUGUGUGUGUGUGUGUGUGUGUGUGUGUGUGUCUGUCUGUCUGUCUGUCUGUCUGUCUGUCUGUCUGUCUGUCUGUCUGUCUGUGUGUGUGUGUGUGUGUGUGUGUGUGUUCCUUUUCCUCCUUCACGGCUUUAAUGUGACUGCUCUAAAUCUUCCUCUUCAUGAUUGAUUUCCUUACACUCAGCCUUUCCUCCUCUCUAACCUGGCUUGCGCAGAAAUUAUGACCUCUUAUUCCUCCUCUUACUGGGAAUCUUUUAAAUUUCCCUCUCCUGUUUCUUUGGGGCAACCCUGUUAAGAUCUUUAUUCCUCUUUCCUCUCUGUGCUGGAUUUACAGGAAACCUUCAUCCCUCCCUCUGUGAUUUUUCCUCAAGUUGAACUCUAUUAUGAUAUUGUGAAGUUUACAUGGGUUUCUGCUAAAAGAAUUUCCCUUUCCUGACUCAGCUUUUUGGGAAAGAGGGGCCCCUUUAUGUUGAGACAGUGUUCUUUUGGAUGGCAUAGUAGUUUGAAGGUUUAAGCAAGAAUUAUAAUCUUUAGUUGUUGCUUUUUUUUUUUUUUUUGUUAAGUUGCAACUUCUGGCCUUUUCUUCUGUCAAACAAAAGCAAAACACCACAACUGUGACCUGUAAAAUUGCCAACUUUAGUGUGGAGUCUGCCCUGACCUGUGUAUUAUUUCUCUCCACCCUGAGGAAAUCACUGACUAGCUAUGUUACUAAUCUCUGACAGGAAAAACAAGCUGGGAGAUCCAGAUUCAGUUUAUUCAGUGUUAAUCAGAUAAGCUGUGACAUUGUUGGAGGAUUACAGUAAAAGGUCAUUUGUUGGGAUGUCCCAACAGGAAGAACAUCCUCUAGCUCUCUGGCACAGUAUGUGAUGGCAUCACCAUAACAGCAGUCAUUACUUAGACUGUAAUAGGAAUUAGCUAUCAAUAGGAGAAGCAGCAGCAGUUCAGUUCAGUAUAUCUGGGACUUCGUGACUACUGUUUAACCCGUAAACAUGUGCCAUCAUUUCUCAGGAACAGCAGUUUUACUAACCUCAGGCAGCAAAGGUUUGUUUCUUUAACUAAAGUGCUGUAUUUACUCUGUUUCCACAAUGAUGCAAGUUUUGUCAAAUGAAAACUAACGGUGUAUGUUUGCACUUUGACUCACUUCACCCUUUUUCUAACACUCUGCUGGCACUGUGAUCUUUGUAAAUAAAAGUGAUGACCCGAAAAUGACAUGUUUCAUUUCUAAUGCCAGUCAAGUGUUACUCUCUGAACUGUCUUUUUUUAACCAUUUCAAUUGACCUUUCAAAUAAAUAUAAAAUAAUGGUCAUUAGAUUGCAAAAUAUAAACAGAAGAUUCAUAUAACAAGCAAAAAAAGACUUUGAGGCAGAUCACAACUCCACCAAACAUCAUCAUAAACCUCAAUGAAAGUAGAGAACACACUAACUGCUGUGCAACAACAACUGAACUGCUUUUUGAUUUUUCUGAAAGCAAAAAGCAUCAAAAAAGAUGUUUGAAAGAGUUGCUUCAUUUAGCGCUCUGCAGAGAUUUGAAGGAGGAAGCUUUUGGGGGACAAAUAACCUUUCGUCUGUAAUGGUUUACACUCAAGUUUAAGAUUCAAGUAAAUUAACUUGGAAAUGUCUAAAGUAAUCAUUCCAGCAGUGAUUGUUGUUUUUUGUUUUUUUGUUUCUAUUUAUUGGUCAUUCAUUUAAAUUUUAUAUUUUCGACUCCAGAGUCUUUGACAUUUUCUUCAUACACAAUGACAAAUGACACGCUGAUAAAAGUGCAGUGAAAACAAACCAAAAUAAAGACGUUUUCCAGCGAAAACAAUUGAGGUAAAGUCAACUGACAAUCUCCUUUUUAAAACUUUAUUUUACUUAAAAAAUUAAACAUUUUAAACAAAAAAAACAACAACAGAAAAACAGACAAAGUGGACAGUGGGGUUAUAGAGCAUAUACAGAAGAACCACUUUUAAGUGGGAGCUUUAUCAGUAAAGGGAGUUUACAGACAUUUCAGUGGCAGUUAUUGUAUCAGCAUUUAACACAAACCUUCCAAAUUUAUAUGGUUUUUUUUCUGUUACUGUGUACAGAUCUUUGUUUAUCUCUAACCAGUGUGUCCAGGGUUCUGUCUUGUACCGGUUGCUUGUUUUUGCCUUCUUAUCCGUAAGCAGUAAGAUCAUGGUUGUGUAUUUAUUAUCAGAGAUGACACAGUCAGUGAUAUUUCAAGGCUACUUAACUUUUAAUCCUUAAGGCUUUUACGUAUCAGAAACUUUUCAUUUCAGAGAAUGAUUGUAAGUUCUCGCAUUACCAAAACAUUUAUAUAAUUUUCCUAUUGUUUCCCAUAUAACUACAAGCCUAGUUGUUGUUGUUGUUGUGUCCUUAUUUUGAGUGUGAAGAAGUCGCAGGUUAGUUUCCACCCUAAUGCCAUCUUAGGCCUGUAAUUUAUAAAGACUAUAAUCAUAAUUUGUACAAGAGAAGUGAGAGAGUUCUCAAGACAAACUGUUCCUCAUGUUGGGAGCAAAGACUUUAUAAACAUGACCGUAGUUUCAGCCCCCCCCCAUUUGUCGGAAGCAUGGCAGAGUUCAAACUUCCAAGUUUAAUGUUGCAAAGUGCAGAAUUUGACAAAAUACUUGUCUUUUUUAAUUUGUUUAUUUUCAUUUCUGUAACAAAAGUUCAUUGCAAGGAAACUUCAGUUUCAUAAGUUAAGGUUGUGGUUCCUGCUUGGACUGUGUGUUUGAAUUUGCAGACCUUGGAAAAUGGUUAAAAAAAAAAAAAAAUGACAUUCACAAAGUAGUCUCGGUGAUGGAUCUUUGGAAAUGUUACCAAACGGUUAUUGAUGACAUGGUUGAAAAAAACACAAUUUUUACCUGAAAAAAACAAAACCAGAUCUUUUUUAUUCCUCUUACUUAUACACCAGAUAAGCUGGUUUGCAGAGACACUGGUGUGCCAGUGUCUCUUUAAACUCGGUUUAGAAAAUCUCUCUUCCUAAACUUCAUGUCUGUGUUGGUUAGGUGUGGCAGUUGAACACCUUUUAAUCAGUCAUAUGUAUUAAUGUGUUUGAUUACGUUCUUGAGACUUGAUUAGUUGUUAAUAUCCCCAGGUUCACUUUAAGGUUUGUGUUUACAGGGCGCUCGAGAAGAAAGUCUGCAUCUACUGCGAAGAUUCUAUAAGGUGAGUGUGUCUGCCGACUUACCACAAUCACGCACUCUUUGGACAAUAAACACAUAAAAGUGCUCUACUUGACAGAGUGUAAACACAUAAAAGCAUAGAGUUCUAAGGUCAAUCUAAAAGUGGAAGCCUAAACCACAAAGUCAUAAUCAGACUGACUUUGUUUAACUGAGGUUUGAAUUAUUUGUUUAUUUUUCGUGACCUCUGAGAUUUCAGCAGAGUCAUACCAUGAAAACCUUGCGGAAACAGUCACCGGGAGAGACUAACCCACUCAAAAACAAUAAUUUUGGAAGAAAAACAAAGGAGGCAGCACACAAGCUAAACUGAGGUCACUAGUUCUCCAGUGAACUACUUACUUGUAUGCAUAUCUGUGUCAGAAAAUAUCCUCUGACUAUAAGUGACUCGGUUUUCCUUAAACUGCCACAGGUUAAACCAAUAGUGUUUCCAUGUGCAGCUCAUGUUUUGUUUACAUAUCUUUGAGAAAUAGUCUGAGUGCUUUCUCUUUCAUUUUGUGUGUCUUUUGAUAUCAGUUUUGGAAUCAGUCACAGGAGUGUAGACCGGCUGACUUUUCACUCAAAAAGCAAAAAGGCCAUGGAGGCCCAGAGAGGUGGAAAAGUGCCAAAUCAGCCUUUAGGAAGCCAUCUCUACAAACAGUGCACUCACCCCAGAGAGGCUUUCAAAAUAUCUAAUAUCUAAUUUGGUUUGAUAACAUCUUGUUAAGAUACGGAUAAUAGUGUUGGUUUAAAGAAUCUGCAUUGUUUCUUUUUUCUCCUGAAUGACAGAAUAUUUUUAUCUGGAUGUUUCAGGGUUGGAAAUAAACUAAUGACUAACACUGACAACAACACUAUCACUGUCCUAUCCUUUGUCAACUGUGCGUGUCCAGAUAACGUGUCUGUUCAGCUUCUGUGGUUUUGGUCAUACAUCAUGAAUUUAUUGCGGAAAUUAUUCAGAAUUCCCCUUCAACUGCUAUGCUCAUCAGUUUGCCUGACAUGCUGGAACACAUCACCUUAAAAGAAGGAUUUAUGACACAUUUUGUGCUUAAAAGAGGGGGGUUUGAGUGGUUUUGAUCUGUCCAAAGCUGCUACUGCCGUGUGAAAGAGUAAAGGAAUGUGAUUAUUCUGCAGAGCUACAGAUAUGCAAAUAACAAAAGUCCAGUGAUUCUAGAAGAAGCAAAAGUGUUUUAAGAGCAUUAAUUUCCAUACUGCUCUUCAUGCAUAGACUGAGGUGGCCCCCCCUUGCCAUCCCUUUGGAUACAGCAGUGCUCAUAGUGCCAAUUUUUUAUGACAGACUGUGCUGUUUUUAACUGGCUCACAGGGUGAGGAGAUUUUUCUGGACAUGUUUGAAGAUGAAUACAGGAGCAUGACGGUAAGUGAGUCUCUGUUUCAUGUCACAUUUCUGGCCUGUUUUCUUUCAAUAAUUAAACGAGGUUGCCUGAAGUGACAUGCUUGUUCUUAUUCUGUAUGUGUUUCAGAGUAAACCUCUGAAUGUGGAGUAUCUGAUGAUGGACGCCUCAAUACUGCUGCCACCCACCGGAACCCCUCUGACGGGUAUCGACUUUGUCAAGAGGUUGCCCUGUGGGGAUGUGGAGAAGACGCGCAGGGUGUGUUUGCAAACACAGAUACAUGGAAAUUGCUUUGAGUCUGACUUUAAAUACACUCUUGAUCAAAAUCUUAAGACCAGUUAAAAAACUGCAAGAAUUUAUAUUUAGCACUGUUGGACCUUAAGACGGUUCUUUGUAGAGCUUCAAAAUGCAAAAAGAAGAAAUGGGAACAAGAGACCAAAAGUUUUGAGCAGGUAAUUUAUUGAAAACAACAAUUUAACUGAAAUAGGCUGUUCAUCAGCUGAUCAAAAGUUUAAGACCACAGCCUUUAAAAGCCCAAAUCUGUGCGAAAAUUUGGAUUCCAUGUCAUUUCUUGUCAAGGGGUCACACUGUCAACAUCUCUUGAUGGCAAAGGCAAAAAAGCUCACUGCUUUUGAACGUGGUAGGAUUGUUGAGCUGCAUAAAAAAGGCCUCUCACAAUGUGCCAUCGCUGCUGAGGUUGGACAUAGUAAGACCGUUAUUUUUCAUUUCUUAAAAGAUCCGGAGGGUUAUGGAACAAAAAAAUCAAGUGGUAGACCCCAAAAGAUCUCACCAGCGCUGAGCCGGAGGAUCCGAAUGUGUGUCCAUCAAAAACAAAAAACGUCUUCAAAUGCCACGUCUCGUUCAACGCCACAAAAUUGCCCAUUUGGGCUUUGCGAGGGAGCACCAAACAUGGGACCUUCAAAGGUGGAAGAAAGUUUUAUUCUCUGAUGAGGAAAAAAUUUAACCUCGAUGGUCCUGAUGGCUUCCAACGCUACUGGCAUGACAAGGAGAUGCCACCUGAGAUGUUUUCUACGCGGCACAGUGGAGGGGGCACCAUCAUGAUCUGGGGUGCUUUCUCCUUUAAUCAAACAGUGGAGUUUCAGGUUGUGCAGGGGCGUCAAACAGCAGCUGGCUAUGUGGAGAUGUUGCAGCGGGCAUUCCUCAUGACUGAGGGCCCUCGUCUGUGUAGCAAUGACUGGGUUUUUCAGCAGGACAACGCUACUAUUCACAAGGCCCGUCUGACCAAGAACUUUCUCCAGGAGAAUAGCAUCACUCUUUUGGACCAUCCUGCAUGUUCCCCUGAUCUAAAUCCAAUUGAGAACAUUUGGGGAUGGAUGGCAAGGGAGGUUUAUAAAAAUGGACAUCAGUUCCAGACGGUGGAUGCCCUCCGUGAAGCCAUCUUUGCCACUUGGAGCAACAUUCCCACUAGCCUUUUGGAAACACUUGAAUCAAGCAUGCCAAAACGAAUUUUUGAAGUAAUCAACAAUAAUGGUGGAGCAACUCAUUGCUGAGUCAGUUUUUGACACUUUAAUUUCUGUUUUUGGAGGUAUUUGGGUUUUUUUGAGCUGUGGUCUUAAACUUUUGAUCAGCUGAUGAACAGCCUAUUUCAGUUAAAUUGUUGUUUUCGAUAAAUUACCUGCUCAAAACUUUUGGUCUCUUGUUCCCAUUUCUUCUUUUUGCAUUUUGAAGCUCGACAAAGAACCGUCUUAAGGUCCAACAGUGCUAAAUAUAAAUUCUUGCAGUUUUUUAACUGGUCUUAAGAUUUUGAUCAGGAGUGUACAACUGGUUUCAUGCAUGCAAACUUUCUCUGGUGUUAUAAGAACAUCAACAGGUCUUUCCUGCUUGUAGAAGAACUCUGCUCGGCUUUAAAUCUCUUGUCAGACUGACCCUGAGUCACCUCAAUUAGUAAUUUGGUUUGUAUAUUUGUCAGUCUUCUUAUUUGUGAGGUUUUUUUUAUGUUGUGACUAUCCAAGCCCAGGUCUUCCCUGAGUACGACUCGGGAAGUUGACUCACUGUUUGAUUGGAUACCUUUAUAAGGUUGAGUCUUGGAGUUGGGGCACCAAAACACUCACAGACAUCUGCAAUUCCAGCACAAUAACUAUGUUACACUGGGAGUGGUGUGAGCUAUAGCCUUAGUGGUUGCCAGAAACAACAUCUUUGCUUGGAAGAAGUGACACCAAGAUGGCCAGAUAAAAGUAAUUAGCCAGAUUUCUAUCAUGAUAAAACAGUUCUUUAGUUAUUGUCAUUUUUUUCAUUUAGUUGCAACUGUCUGCUGAAACAGGAGGGUUUGCUGGUUAUAACUUGUCUGUUUGUGUUGGUACAUCUUUAUUGUGUUUGUGCGUGCGCAGGCCAUCCGUGUCUUCUUCAUGCUGCGGUCCUUAUCGCUGCAGCUUCAGGGAGAACCUGAAACACAGCUGCCAUUGACCAGACCUGAAGACCUCAUCAAGACUGAUGAUGUGCUAGACCUCAGUAAGAUCCACAGAGAAACACAGUGACACUGUCUAAUGUAAACAAAACAAAAAAAACAAUAACAAAAAAUUCAAAAGCUUCAUAUAGGUUCAUUUUUACACUUGUUAGUAAUGGACUCUCAUUUGUUGUCCAGCCUUGUCUCUUGAUUCAGCCCUGCAGACGUGUGUGCAAAGUAGAUUCUGUCCUACUUGGUUAAAUUUGGAUAAUCUUUAUUGCCCCCAGCAGUAGUUUACACCACUAUCUCCACUAUUAUAUUAUAUGGACUCUCAUUGAUAUCAUCACAAUUCAUCUGCAGUAAAAUAUUAAACACAAAGUCCAACAUCCUUUAGUAUCUAUGCAAUAUCAUCUUUUCCUACAGUUAAUCUAAAAGAUAGAACUUUUCCCAUAGGAAUGGCUGAUCAUUUGUUUCCAGCAGGUCUCAGAUUUUGUGUACAUUUAAGUUACACAGAGGCUUUACUCUGGUUUCAAGGUAGCUUCAUUGUCAAACCUGCAAUGUGUGUAACACAUACAGAGGAUUGAAAUUUUGUUACUAAAGAGCCUACAGUGCUCCGGUAAAAUAGUAAUAUAAAAAAUAGUAAUCAUACAGUACAAAAAUAAGUGUAAAAAUAUAGAUUGAAUGUAAAAAUAUCUGAAGACAAACAGCUACUCUACAGAUGUGAACCUUAAAAAGGUUUCCAGCAGUUAACAGGUCUUAAGUCAACUGGAAUGACAACAUCAUGGUGGUGAUUUGUAAAAAGUAAAAGUACAAAGUAAACUUUGUUACUGGCCUUUCAUCUGCUGGUGGAAUCAGGGUGUCAUUUUGUCAGCCUGCAUUCUGCCUGCUUUUGCUCUCAAUGCAGACUGCUACACCCAAACCUGCUUACAUGUGAUGGUGAACAAUCAUCAAAUUUCAGACUUCCUCCAAAUCAGAACAUUAUCCAAAUUGCACUCUAGGCCCUUUAAUACACAUUCCCUACAUUUAGAUGUAUCUGUAACAGAGAUUGAUGCAAUAGAGGUGUACAGGACAAAAACUACAGACAUUUCCCUCCCUGACAUUAGUGUAAGAGAAAAAAACAUUACACUGUUCUCACCAGUAGUGUGUGCUUUCCCCAAAUUACUUUCAUCAACUUAAAACCACAGUAUGAAUGUUCAACAAACAUCAGUAUUUCACCCACUCUCCAUGUAUGAUUAGUCUCAACUAUAUAUAGUCAAGCACACGCAUUAAAAAACAGAGAUACACCCACUUCCACACAUUAGGAGAAACUCAACAGUCUACCAUACACAAGUUUGCAGAUGACAUAAUGGAAACUUGUAUGUGGGUAGCUCUACAUGUAAAACUAUUUUCACAUUUCAAUAACGUGAGUAGCAGAGAGGACUUUUCACACAUUGUAUACGGAGAAGUUCUUUCUACAUGUAACAGCAGAGAAGUAAAUAUGCUCCCUUUAACUAUCACAUCCUUGCAUCAGCUACUGUAAGUUCGGUUUUUGCUCUAUAAUCAGACCCCUGAAGAAAAAACACAUCUUACCCCAGUCUUAUCUCAUGACUUUUCUCCAAACACUGAACCUUGUUAAUAAUAUCUGCUAAGGGGAAAAACUGCUCCUCUCUCAAACACUUGGAGACAAAUUGGGAGAAGUUUUAAGGGGUUAUAUCAAACAAAGCCAAAUGUAUGGGUAUAUGCACUCAUACUCUGCCUCGAUGUCGGUGCAAGGAAAGCCUCCUCUUUCAUUAAAAUUAUCAUCCAGUUAUUUUAAUUUUGAUUAUAUUUCUCAAGACAAAAUAGAGAAGCACCAAAAAUUUCCCAUCACCACCAGUUUUUCAUAAAUCUGUGCUUGUAAUGCAAGCAUGGAGACGUCCUUUUCUUCUGCUUUCUUUGUACAUCUCUUAUUUUGACUUAUUCUAUACUAGUGAAAAACCCAAGUGUAAGGUUGAAACUUGGACGUCAGACUUUGGAAGCAGAAAAAAGAGUUGAAGCAAUGUAGUGUUUUAUUUUUGUUUGAUUUGUGUUUUGAGACGAUUGAAAUAUUGACUGAUGUCAGUUCUCAGGAUUUAGGAGAAGAUUUGAUGAUGAGUUCCACUGGGUUAUUUAGAGUAGCAGUGAUGACUGUACUGUGUAUGGUUGAAGUAGGCAGUCAUGGUUUUUUACUUUUAUCACAUCAUCAGUGAUGACGGAGCUGCAGUUUUGGUACUUUUUGGAAACACGUUUGCAAACUAUCAGUUACAUAAAUCUAAUGCUUUGUGGAGAUCUGCAGUGACAUUUGAUACACAAUGAAGUAUUGGUAAUUUCUUUUUUAAUAGAAUUUGCAUUCUACCAGUAUGAAAGGUCACGGUUGCCUCUUAACAAUAACUGAGUCAGUUUUCGUUUUUGCCAAGAAUUCCUUCUUGUGUAGACCUAAUUUGUGUUAAAGGCUGUACUUCUAGUUUUUAAUGGCCCAGGUAAUAGAAUCACUCUAAAUUCUUAUUUCUCUUGGUUGAUUGAAGUUGAUUGGGUUCUCAGUUGGUUGGUUGGUCAUUUGGUUGGAAGGUUAGUAAGGUUGAUCCAGGUUUGUUGGUCAGUUGGUUGGUUGACAUUUAGUAAGUUGGUUGGUAGAUUGGUUGGUUGGUUGGUUGACAUUUAGUAGGUUGGUUGGUUGAUUAGUUGAUCAACUGGUUGGUUGGUAGGUUGGUUGGUUGGUUGGUUGGUUGACAUUUAGAAGGUUGGUUGGUAGAUUUGUUGGUUGGUUGGUCAACUGGUUGGUUGUUUGGUUGACAUUUAGUUGAUUGGUUAAAAAAAUUGGUUGGUUGGUUGGCUGGUUGGUUAAUUGGUUGUCAGUUGGCUUGUUGGUUGACAUUUGUUUGGUUGGUCGAUUGACAUUUAGUGGGAUGGUUGGUUACUUGGUUGAUUGAUUGUCAUUUGGUUGAUUGGUUGUUUAUUUGACAUUUAGUUGGUUGGUCAUUUGGUUGGUUGACAUUUUGUGGGUUGGUCACUAGAUUGGUUGUUUACUUGGUUGGUUGGUUGAUUGUUAGUCAGCUGGGUGGUUGGUUGGUUGGUCAACUGCUUGGCUGUCUGGUUGACAUAAAGUUGAUUGGUCGGUAGAUAGGUUGGAUGGUUGGCUGUUUUGUUGAUUGGUUGUCGGUGGCUGGUUGGAUGACAUUUGUUUGGGUGGUCGGUUGACAUUUAGUCAUUUGGUUGGUAGGUUUGUUGGUUGGUUGGCUGGUUGGUUGAUUGGUUGUCAUUUAGUUGAUUGGUUGUUUGUUUGACAUUUAGUUGGUUGGUCAGUAGAUUGGUUGGUUAGAUGGUUGAUUGGUUGGUUGGAUGGUUGAUUGGUUGGUUGGCUGGUUGGUUGGAUGGUUGGUUGACAUUUUGUUGGUUCGUUGGUUGACAUUAAGAUGGUUGAUCAGUAGAUUGGUUGUUGGUUGGUCAGUUGGUCAACUGCUUGGCUGUGGUCGACUGAUUGACAUAUAACUGAUUGGUUGGUCGGUUGAUUUGUUGUUGGUUCAUCAGUUGGUCAACUGGUUGGUUGGUUGACAUUUAGUUGAUUUGUAGGUAGAUUGGUUGGUUGGUUAGCUGGUUUGUUAAUUGGUUGUCAGUUCGUUGGUUGGUUGACAUUUGGUUGAAUGGUUGGUUGAUUGGUUGAUUGUUUGGUUGGUUGGUUGACAUUUUUUGGCUUGUUGGUAGAUUGGUUGGUUACGGGGUUGAUUGUUCAUCAGUUGGUUGGUUGGUUGGUUGACAAAUAUUUAGUUGGUCAGUAGAUUGAUUACUUGGUUAGCUUGUUGGUUUAGUGGUUGUCAUUUGGUUGAUUGUUUGUUUGGUUGACAUUUAGUUGAUUGGUUGGUUGGCUGAUUGAUUGAUUGGUUGUCAGUUUGUUGGUUGGUUAUUGGUUGUCAGUUGAGUAGACAGUUGCUUAACUUAUGGUUGGUUGUGUUGUAACUGACCAAACUUGAAAUAUUAAGCUGCUGUUCGUCAAAUAUUUUAAUGAUUUGAUUACCCUGACAUUAUCUAUCUACUUCAGGGUGUGGAUACUUUUCAGUAGGUCAAACUUUUCCAAAACUGUUGAGCCUUAGUCCAGUUUCAAGUCUGCUGCAAAACAUGUGUACCUCACAAUACUUUCUUUCUUCCCACAGUUUCCCCUUAAGAAGUUAAAAUGGGGUUUAUUUGCAGUUUACUUUUUAUAGUCUGUAAUUUAUUAGCUGACUCUUAUUUUCACUGCAAAGAUUGUUUGAACAUGCAAAAAUAAUGCAGAAAUGUACUUCUUUCUGCUUCUGGGUUUAGGUCAAAUGAACAGAAUGACAAGUGUAAAUCAAUCCUCAGAAUAUCUGCCUACAAUUGCAUGGAAACACACCUUUUGAAACCAGAUGUCUGCCAACUGCUUUACUCUCAAAUCUGAUUUGGUGGUUGAAACUGUGAGUGUUUCCUGACUGCUGACUCCUGUGAGCCGAGUCUGCAGCAGAUUACUGAUAACCUUUUAGAGCUGUCAUAAAAGGCAGUGACUUGGUUUCCAGUAAUUUUCUAUCACUUCAAAUUACAAAUGAUCAAAAUCUUUAUCUGGUUUGGAAAUGCGAUAAUGUUUGUAACAUUCAUCUGAGUAAACUUUAAACUAAAGUUUCCUCGCCGGGUUUCCUCAGUUUUUUUUUUUUGGUUCAGUCAGUGUCACUUUUCAUUUAAUACAGGUGUCUGACUAAGAACAGACAUGAAAGAGUCAUUGUGGGUUUAGUAAGGGUUUUUCCUCAGAGUUUGGGGAAUUGAACCUGCAACCUCUCACCCACAAACUCUCUUUUCUGGCCAGCAGGCUGCCACAGUCUUUAUUUCACUGCAUCUUGUGGUUUAAGUUGGCCCUUUGAACAUUUUCAGAUGCCUGUACCUGGAUUUUCUGUCAGUGGAGUCUUUGUUAUGAUAGUUUAACAUCAAAGAUACAAAGAUGAACAAGUCAGAAUAAGAAAGUUAAUUUUGACCUCACAUAUCAAAAGAAUGACCACAACCCCAAGAUUGUCAGUGAUGUCCUAGAAAGACCCUUCAGUAUCGCUGGGAUUCAGAACAGGUAAAAUUCUUAGUUGGCGUCCAUCUUAAAAAUAAAGUGAUAGUGUAAUGUUAUAAUGCAGUUCUGGAUGAAACCAUCACAGAAACAUGGCAUCCAGUAGCUUGAAGCAGUCUGGCAAAAAUUUGGUCUCCAAAAAUAUGCAAUGAAGUUGUGUGUAGACCAUGGCUAUCACAAUAUGCUGCCAUUGACAAUAACCUUUUUUAUUUAAAUAUGAAACAUUGAUACUGUGCUACAAAAAGGCGAACAGUAUAACCGUGAGUACAUAGUUGGGGUCCUUAACACUGGUUGCCAUAGAAGAGAGAAGAGACAAAGCAGCAGACUGCCUGUGAAAUGGCUUGAGGCAGCUCUCAAAGAAAUGAUUCAGCAGAACUGAAAAUCUUAACACAGGAUUAGAGCUUGUGCCCCUGAGAGUUACUGAUCAUUUGAACAUUUGUACUUUCAAACCUUUUUUAAAGGUCCUGUGUCAAUUGACUGAGAAAAGUCUCCUCUGUUGUCAUUUUACAGUGUAGUUGUCCACUCAGUGUGGAUACUUAUCUGAGGCCGCUUUCACUUACAAUCUGCUCAGAGGUUUAAACAUCGAGAUGAAAUUUACAAUUACCUUAAUAAAAGACAGACAAAUGUCAAAAUAAAGCAUGCCAAACAACCGUUUUAAGAGGCAAUGUCCUCUCCAAAGUUUCAGUCACACAGACAGUGAUGUGGAUGAAUCAUAAAUUUGAACAUAGCUAAAAAUAGGAAAUGAGAUUUAAGUUCACCAUGUUUAUUAAUAUAAUCUACAGUAUUAGCUUAUAAUAUUUAUGAACAUAUACACAUCAGGUUGAUCCUCCAUUGUGAUGCCUUUUCUCAAGUUUUUUGACUUUGCUGUUUUAAAUUGUAAGUGUUCCAUAAGUAUCACCAUAAUAAUGUAACAGUAUUAUCAUUGUGAUAUUAUAUGGUCACGUUAAUCACAAGGUGAAAAUCUGAUGUUGCAACAGCCCUUAUGUAGACUGUAACUGGUUAAACUGGCAUAAAACCACUCAUCACUGACAUGUGGAUGUUGACCUGAGGCCUGUACUACGAAGCUGGAUUUGGUCUUAGCGAGAUAACUUCUGGAUAACUUCUGGGUUUUCCGUACUACGAAGGUGGAUCUCUUUUUAUCCGGGUCCGUUGCCCCGGUAACUUACGCGGAACGCCAAACCUGCUCCGGAGCAGGUUAUGUUUCAGGAUAAGAGCUCAGCAGGUAUAAAAAACCGCCCACUGACCAAUCGGAUCUCUUGGAAAAUGGCUUGCCCACUUUUGCCGGAUCCCGGGGACAUCUUUGCACGGAUAGUGAGAGGAGCGCUUCGCCGAGAGCGUUAUAAAAUCCGUUUGAUUUACCUGAUGACGUUCUCUAUGAACGUUACAGGUUUUCCUCGGACGGCCUCAAUAUUCAGGUAGCAUGAAGUCUAAGCAAUACACUAAAAUUUGCCAAGCUCCAGGUUCAAAUUUGUUAGUCAUCAUUCAGAAUUCAUUGAAGCAGAUUAGAAAACUCUUAACCCCAAAUGUGUCUGCAGAUGACAUGUGACCAUCAGAUGAUGGUGAAAAAAAGACAGUGUGAGGAAAUCACUGUUUACACGUUGAAAUGUGUACAAAUAAAAUCUUCCAUAAACUUACAAACUACUUUAAAGGAUGUUUUUAGAUUUAUUUUUAUUUGCUCCCACGUACUCUUUCCCCCACUGCUGUUGUGUCUGAAAUAAUGAGGUCAGUGAUGGUGGUGAUCACACACGCUGCAUGACAACAUAUUAGGGGGCCAUAAAUUUAUCAACGCACAAAUGUAAUUUACACAACCGGUGAUUUUUUUUUUUUUUGCCGGCAGUCCCUCCGGCUUUUAGCGGCUGUGUCUGUCUCACUGUUUAAAUAAAGCUCUGUUCUUCAGCUGUGAAAAAUGACGUGCAGCCUUCUCCAUUGUGGAGAUUGGUCCGGUGGCACUGACCCGACCCCCUUUACGUGUGCGCGCACAGAUCUGAACUGGAUUCAGUUAUCGAGUUGAUAUCCUGCUUCGUAGUACAGCUGAUCGGGAUCGCGGAGAUCCGGUGAAGUUGAGCGAGUUGUCGCAGUUAUCCUCGAUUUGUUAAUCCAGCUUCGUAGUACAGGCCUCUGGAAGGAGGUCCAAAGGCUGGUGGUGCUAGCUCUGCUAAUGUUAGCCACACUCAGACUAUUUCAGGUCAGGCCCUGUUCAAUAAAUCAAGCUUAAAUUUAAGGUGUUUUCUUUUCUGUAGAUGAGUCAGCCAAUCUAAAUUAGAAUUUACCCAAAAAAGUGAACACCCUCAUUCAUGUUUCCCACAGCAAAGAUUCUGGGGAGUGAUAGAUUUGACAGGACAUGCACAGAAGAAAAUCUGCAAAGACUUCUCAGGCGCCCUCAGGCAUGCCAAUAGCCACGGAAUAAUGAAAGUUCUUCUGAGGAGCUUGAGUGUGACAACAUAUCACCUGAAGAUUUAUUGCCAAAGAAAUAUGACACUUGGAGCUGGACUGGGUCACAUGGUGUGUUUUUUUGUGUGAAUACAAUCACCUCAUUGUACUUGUACUGCAUUGUUUGUGCGGUCUAGCAAGUUGAUUUAAUAUGUUUGAGAGGCAUUUGCAGGCACAGGGAGUGUUGGACCAAGCUGCUCAUCGAACAGAUCUUUUUGGGCUGAACUGUGCAAUCAUUACAAGAAAUACUUGUGUGUUCAUAGAAGAGAGAAUAAGGGUUUCUCAUGGCUCAUUUAUAAAACCAGAAAAUUAGGAGAAAAAGGAAACUUUUAAGUAACUCUUGCAAUAAUCAGCACCAAAAUAACAUUCUCUGUAUGAGUAAUGGUGGCAAAGUUGUUGUGAUGUGUGGUAAAACUCAUGACUCAAUACUUUGAGAAACUGAUAUGUCUGCUGACUUAAACCUAUUUCAGUGUCUUACACAUCCAUAUUCUCUCUGCUUAACUUCCUUCUAAAGAGGUGGAAGUGAAUGUAAAACAGUUCCUUUACUAAUACUUAGAAAUGUUUAAAACCUUUCAUAUUUCAUAUAUCUUUCAGAUUAGUGGACUAACUUUUAACUUGUCUGUAUGGAAAAAGAACAAAUUCAGGAAUUCAGAAUUUACAAUUCUUACAAUUCCAUGGAAUUUGACCUUAGACUGUAUAUACUAUGGACAACUUGGUUCCACCUCCCAUCAUUGUAUGAAAUUGAAACUAAAUUACUCUCGGUAUUUCCAGGAUUUUCUUCAUUUCUUGGAACCAGCAUUUGCGCAGUCGUGUUUGCUGUGAUGACGCUCUGCUCUAACAGCAUAUCCCCUUGAUUAUCUACACAAUCUUUCUAUGUCCAUAGGCUGUAUCAAGUGUCAGUCUGACAAUAACUACAUGUCAACAUCCCAAACAGGAGAGAGAAAAAUUUAUAUUCCAUGCAACUAGUUUAUACAUUUUGUCAACAACUCCAUUAAGUUUGCAGGAGGAGGCGGGGUAAUAACUUCGACUGCAGCCAGUCACGAUGGGGGUGCUGUUCUCGCUGAGGCUUCACCCAGUGAGGAGGCAGAUUUAUUAUAUAGUCUAUGGAUUUUACACAGAAACCAGGGACAUAUCUUUUGAUACCAAAGAUGUGACCAAAAACGAAAACCUCCCAACAGUUCAAAUAACAGUGGAAAAUAUUCUUCCAUAAAAACCAAAGUGUGCUGAAGGAAAAUCAUCAGACUCCACAGUUAUCAGACAGCAAACAUGCCAGUUUAAAUAAAGAUUUAAGAGACUCGUCAAAAUUCUUGGGAAUCAAAAUCAAGGAACUAGACUUCACAAAUCUUAUUCACUGGAAAGGACCUUGGUAAGACCAUGAAAGAGAAGUUUGUCGGGGACUGUACGUCAGUGUGAUGUUUAUAGUCCACACAUGAAGCCAACAGGGGUGGGGGAACCUUUAAACCAAAACUAGCAGUUUCAAAUGAAGUCGUCACUAGUUCCACUUUGGGUGAUUUCUUGGCAGUAGGUUAAGUGAAGUGAAGCUGACGAGAAGUGGUCUCACCAGUUCCUUAUCAUCCUUCUUGACAUAUGGGAGAAUAGUGUGUCAUAGCUGGUGUCUCUUAUCUUGUUUGCUGAUGGAACAGCAGAUAACAGUAAAUAGAAAGUAAACUGUAUGACAGAGCUCAUCAUUAAAACAUAAACUGUAGUCAUGUUUUUAUGAAGAAUGGUUUAUGACUUCUUAGACUGUAAAAACAAGAUCAUCAGUUACUUAUGUUACUCCGUGGUUUUCCUCUAAAAGAAUUGUUGUAUAAAUGUUGGCCAACAAAGUGACAAACCUGAGUCAUGUAACACAGCAGAAGAUGAACAUUGACUGUCCUAUAUGUUCUCUUUUCCAGAUAACAGUGACCUCAUCGCCUGUAUGGUGGUUAGCAAGGAUGGCGGCCAGGCCCAGAGGUUCCUGGCUGUUGAUGUGUACCAGAUGAGUCUGGUGGAACCAGAAACUAAACGCCUCGGAUGGGGUGUUGUUAAGUUUGCCGGCCUUCUGCAAGUAAGCGAAAUUUGAUUUUACCCUCAUCCUGAAAAUCUUAAAUUUUAACGGUCCAAGUUAGUGUUCAAUUACUCUUUUUUUUUUUUUUUUUAUCUCUUUCCAAAUAUGCUUCUUCACUCUCAUCAUUAGUUUCUUAGAAUUUAUCCAUCCUGUGCUUUUUCACUCUCUUUGUGGUCUGUUUCUGUAGAACCAUAUGCAAAAGUUAUGACAAGUCAUGAGAAGUCCAGCUGGUGCAGCAAAUACAGGAAGUGUACCCUUCCAAAAUAACUUGUGACAAAAAAAGUGUAGUGAGAAUCUUAGUCUUGAUCAGAGUCAUAAUGGGUCUCUGUAUUUCCUAUCAACCGUCUCAUUUCAGUUAAGCUUGAAUGUUUUAUGAUUUAUCCAUCCCCUAUCUUCUACUCCUUAACAUUCAAAGUCAUAGUCCCGUUUUAUGAUUCAUCAGAAGUACACUUAAAGUGAAUAUAAAAAAUCUACACACCCCUGUUCAACUGCCAAGUUUUUGUCAUGUAAAAAAAUUAAAUCAAGAUAAAUAAUUUCACAACUUCUUCUACCUUUAAUGUGACCUAUAACCUGUAAAACACAAUUGAAAAACAAAAAGAAAUCUUUCAGAGAGGUGAAGUAAAAAUAAACAACUGAGAUCAUGUGGUUGCAUAAAUGUGCACACCCUUUAAUAACUGGGGAUGUGGCUGCCUUCAGAUUUAACCAAUAACAUUCAAACUCAGGUUAAAUUGGAGUCAGCACACACCGGUCACCAAUUAAAGUGCCUCUGAUCAACCCCAAAUAAAGUUCAGCUGUUCUAGUAGGCUUUUCCUGACAUUUCUGUAGCCACAUCUUGCAGCACAAGCCAUGUACCGCAGAGAGCUUCCAAAGCAUCAGAGAGAUCUCAUUAUUCAAAGAAAUCAGUCAGGUGAGGGCUACAAAAGAAUUUCCAAGGAAUUAAAUAUCCCAUGGAACACAGUGAAGACCGUCAUCAUCAAGUGGAGAAAAUAUGACACAACAGUGACAUUACCAAGAACAGGACGUUCGUCCAAAAUUGAUAAGACAAGAAGAAAACUGGUCAGGGAGGCUACCAAGAGGCCAACAGCAACACUGAAGGAGCUGCAGGAAUUUCUGGCAAGUAUUGGCUGUGUAGUACAUGAGACAACAAUCUCCCGCUGUCUUCAUACGUCUGGGCUAUGGGGUAGGGUGACAAGACGGAAGCCUUAUUUUACAAAGAAAAACAUCAAAGCCCGGCUUAAUUUUGCAAAAAGAUAUCUGAAAUCUCCCAAACGCAUGUGGGAAAAUGUCUCAUGGUCUGAUGAAACCAAAGUUGAAAUUUUUGGGCAUCAUUGCAAAAGGUAUAUUCGGCGCAAAAUCAACACUGCUCAUCACCAAAAGAAGACCAUACCCACAGUGAAGCAUGGUGGUGGCAGCAUCAUGCUUUGGGGCUGUUUUUCUUCAGCUGGAACUGGUGCCUUAGUCAGGGUGGAGGGAAUUGUGAACAGUUCCAAGUACCAGUCAGUGUUAGCACAAAACCUUCGGCAGUCUGCUAGAAAGCUGAAGAUGAAGAGGAACUUCAUCUUGCAGCACAAGAAUGACCCAAAUCACACAUCUAAAUCAACAAAAGAAUGGCUUUACCUGAAUAAGAUUGAGACUUUGGAAUGGCCCAGCCAGAGCCCAGACCUGAAUCCCAUUGAACAUUUGUGGGGUGAUCUGAAGAGGACUGUGCACAGGAGAUGCCCUCGCAAUCUGUCAGAUUUGGAGCGGUUUUGCAAAGAAAAGUGGGCAAAUAUUGCCACAUCAAGAUGUGCCACACUAAUAGACUCCUACCCAAAAAGACUGAGUGCAGGAAUAAAAGCCAAAGGUGCUGAAACAAAGUAUAAGUUUAAGGGUGUGCAGAUUUAUGCAACCAGGUCAUUUUAACUUUUCUAUUUUUAUAUUUUUCCCCUUAAAGAUUUCAGUUUGCUUUUCAAUUGCUUUGUACAGGUUCUAGGUCACAUUCAAGGUGGCUCAAGUUGUGAAAAUAUUUAUCGUUCUGUCAUUUUCUUACAUCACAAAACCUGGCAGUUAAACAGGGGUGUGUAGACUUUUUAGAUCCACUGUAUAUAUGCAUUUAAAUGCAUCUUUAAGGUUUAUAGCAGCCUGUAUGAGUGAUCAUAAGCACUUAUAACAGCUUGUAGCAAUGUUAAUGAAGUGUUAUAAGCAGUGAACCUAAUGCCUCAUUGAGGUAUGAUUACCGGAUUGUACUUGAAUGCAAAGGACAUGAAACUUUUUUGCUGAGGUUUUUAUGAACCUUGAUAAUCAGGUAAAGUAGUGAGAGUUAUAAUGUCUUUUUAAACCCAGAACUCAAAAGUUUACCCUGUUUCACAUGUACCAUUCAUCUGUUUAUUUACAAUGAAGCUAUACACCCACUCUGUUCUCCUCCUGCUUUUUAAUUUUCAUUUUCAGAUUGAUUCUGUUUGGAUGACUCUCUUUAUCACCCCCUUCUAUUUUCACUCUUCUGUACACAGGACAUGCAAGUGUCUGGAGUUGAGGAUGACAGCAGAGCCUUGAAUAUUGUCAUCCACAAGCCCAGCUCCAACCCCCACGCCAAGCCCCUCCCCAUCCUGCAGGCCAACUUUAUCUUUGCUGAUCACAUUCGCUGUAUCAUCGCCAAGCAGCGGCUGGCAAAGGGUCGGAUCCAGGCCCGCCGCAUGAAGAUGCAGAGGAUCGCAGGUGAGAAGAUACUGACUGCCUUUUCUUGGCUGCAGUGUAAUGUAUUCAUUUUUUCCCCCUUUUUAAAGUAAUGUGAGGGGCUGAAUAGGAAGUGAUAACAGAUCAUAAAUACCAAAAACCUGAACAGUACAACACUGAAAACAGAGCAACAACCAAAACAAUCAUGUCAUUACUGAUAUAUGAUCACAACUUCACAGCGGGCAUUGAUACAACUGAUAAAUGUGAGGGCCUAAAGUUAAGGAAUAAGCCUAGUUUAGAUAGUGUCAAAUGAUAAUCAGAUAGCUUUAUUUCAUUGAAGAGAAACUACUCUAACAGGAUUAAAGGCUCAUCUCUGAACUCAGAGAUUCAAUCAGACAUCCUUCUCUCUUACAUGAAGUUAAUAUUUUCUCAGUCAAAGCUAAAUUCUCACAAUGAGAAUGGAAAUGAUUUUGUAGUCAUACCCAGUUAGUCUCCUAAAAAGGAGCUGGACGCGUGUGUCCUGUAGAUUCAGAUUCACACAUCAGUCAUGUGUAUUUCCCCACUACAUGGCCUGUUUCUGUAGAGUCAUAUGUAAAAUUCAUGGGAAGUCCUACUGGUGCAGCAAAUACAGGAUGUGAACCCUGCCAAAAUAGCAUCAGCUGUGGCAAAAAAAGCAUAGUUAGAAUCUGAGUCUUAAUCAGAGUCAUAAUAGAUGUGAGUUUGUACCUCCUGCCUCAUUCAAAUUCAGCUUCAUUGGCUUGACUGUAACAGUAUUACUAUAAAAACAUGCAGAAGAGAUAGGAUAAUUAUGACCAAACCAGCAGAGGAAGCUGCGGCUCAUUGUUCUCUGUGCUCAUGUUUAUUAUGUUCACCCUGUGUGUGCAGCUCUGUUGGACCUGCCUGUGCAGCCCAGUGCAUCAGAGGUGUUGGGUUUCAGCCAGACAGCUAACGCUUCACCCAGCGCCCUUCCUUUCCGCUUCUACGAGCAGUCGAGACGAGCACCCAAUGACCCCACGGCCAACAGAUCAGUGUUUGCCUCUGUGGACAAAGUACCAGGUGACCAGAGUCCUCUGCCUACACAUUCUCCUGCAGCCUUAACACUACUAGAGAUAUCCAGGAUAACAGCUACUUCACCACAAACGUAACACAAUUCACUCUAAAAAAAUGUUAUUAUUAGAGCUUAUUAGAGCUUUAGCCUCAAAUCAAGUGGUGAAUGAAACUUAGCUGUGGGUUUCUGAUGUCAUCUUUAUUGUCCAGGUGAAAAUGUGUAGUCAUACUAAAUUUGGAUCGAACUGAACUUCACAAAGCUUCAUGAACUAAAAUGGCAAGAUGCAUGUUCUUUGCAUUCAGAGUAUACGAGCAACACAUGGUAAGAAGGAUGUGACGAUAUGAAAUAUGAAGUUGACUUAGUGCAGCGUGUUGUUGAGUGUCAAGGGUUCUUGUGGUGUAUCAGAAAUGAUGGUUUUGUUGUCUUUUGCUACACAGACCAGAAUUUAGCUCCAAAUCCAAAGGAAACCUAGCUUGUAGGGUUCUUUGGGCAGAGGAGAGCGAGAGUGCAGCAUUUGAUUGACCUGUGCAAUGAAACUGAGACACCCCCCCCCCCAUAAACCAAGACUCCCUGGAAACUCUCUUCUUCUUCAGUUGAAACAGAACAAUGAUAGCUGGUUUCCAUGAAAGAAAUCUCCUCCCGGGAAUAUUGUGAACCAAGAAAAGUUUGUGCUGUUUGAAAUGUUAGUGUCACUUUUGACCUGAACACCCGCAAAUUAUCCUUACUUAAACUCUUUACCCACCAUUGACCAGAUAUCUUGUCAUUUACACCAAAACUCCUUCACUCGUUCAGCUUGUGUUUUUGAGAUAAUAUUCUGGGUGAGUAAAGUGAAGGGGCUGAAAUAGUUUCUUCUGUUUGCUCUCAGUGAAGGUCUUAGUUUAAGGUCAUUUUUCUUUCUUUUCUGUUCCUGCUGGAUCAUCUAUGACAGCACUAUCUUUGGACUCAUGUUAAAUCAGCGAGAAGGACUUUAGAUUAUUGCUGUCCUGGUCAUCAGCUAAUGUCACUGUGAGACUGAUUGGAAAUUCUUAGUUUAUUCCAACUUUGAGUCACUCCACCUUCAACAUAUAAUAACAGAACACACACACACAUAUUCAAAAAUAACUCGUUAUUACUGCAUGCCAUACAAAUAUUAAGGGCAUCUGUCGGUGUAGGUUCUCGUUCAUCCAGGUCAUGGUGAUGUAAUUCUUUGUUUAAAGGGCAGCUGGACUUGUCUGAAGUUCUUGAAAAUGUUGGAAUCGUCGUCAAGAACCUCAAACAAGUCUAGACGCCCUUUCAAUGAAGACCUGGAGAAUAUUCAGGACCCAAACAUAGAGGGCGUCACUCAUCUUCUAAAAUGGGCUUGUUGGAUUUGGUCAUGUGAAGUGACUGAGCAAACAUGAUAACACAUACGUGUCCGUGUGUCUAUGUUUCUGUGCUCCUUCUUUAGGGUUUGCAGUGGCUCACUGUGUGUCGCAGCACAGUCCCUCACCCCUCUCCUCCCCCUCGCCUCCCUCCAGUGGGAGUGGGAGCACAGAAAGAUGUGACUCUGUUACUGCGAGCACGGUAUCAGCUCAGAGCCCCACAGGUAGCAACACAUCCACGUCUCCUACACAUACAAACACACUGAGAGGCACACUUACUGUCCAUUUCAGUGUGUAGAAAAAACACCACAGACUGAGUGUGUACACAGUGGAAGUGUAUAACCUAGAAACAUUAAGCGGGGUUCCACAGACAAUAGACUGCAGUCACAUUACGAGGCAGCAUCGUUCAUGUUAAUAUGGUUCUGUGAUACUCACCUGUUGAAUUUUGCAUCACAAGGCAGUCUAGCUCUUAUUUGUGUAUGUGACUGAUCACUGAGCCGCACUGUCACACUAAUGAAGCUCAGGUCUAUACCUACAAUAAUAAUGCAAACACUGGGUGUGUCAGCAAUUUUUAGCUUUUGGUGGAGCUCACACUUGACAAAUGCCACUCCCAUUGUGUGUCACUCAGUGAACUUCCUGCAGCGAUCCAGCAUGAGCAGCUUGUAUUGUCAUGUCAGUCCUGUGAACACCUUCCAGCCCUUCCUACCCGUACUGAAAACAUGCCAGUAUUUUCUGGAUUUGAGCGUCUGAAAAACCCGACUGAUCCAUCUCCUCAUAACAAUAAUAGCAUUAAAAUCUGAUUAUAGCAGGCAUUUGAAUCUUUAGGUUACAGAAAGGAAGAAACAUUGACAUGAUCAGCGGAAAAUGUGCCCAUGUAUGACUAUUAUUUUGAUAUUAUACAGCAGCUACUAUCAACUAUCUGAAGUUACAGAUAAUUUCACUUUGAUUCUGUGUGGCUGUUAGCCCUGGUGUUUUCUUGUUAGGUAUAUUUAAGGCUCAGGCACCGAGGAGGAUUAUUACUCUGUGUCUGUUGUAGCAAUUUUAAGGGUCUUAACAUGCUCAAAAAUCUGGGAUAAUUUUUGGCUUUUAAACAUGAGCAGAAAGAAUGAGCUCACUCGCAUUCCUAACAGUCUCCUUUUUGGGACGUUCCAGGGGUCCUUUGACAGGUUUCAUCUUGUGCUGGUUUACAGGUAGAACCAACCUGAUAAGAAAAUCUUGAGGUCAGGCAUGGCUGAGGGGAACCCUUAUAGUUUGCUGUUUUGCUGAUGGACACAAAGUACUUUUUCUUCUCAACCACAUUUGCUCCAUUCUAAGCCAAACUCAAUCAUGCAUAAUGAGGGUCAUGACCUCAACACGUUCAUGUGGUCAUAUUCAUCCCAGUUUUCACACCUCCGGGCAGCAGAAUGAAAUCUGAAAUUAAGAGUUAAAUCUCUAAAAUCAUUGCAUGUCUCUGCAUCUCUCUCUGCUCAAGAUAUCCUUCAGAUGUUGAUCUUGAUGGGCUGUCAAACAGGAAAUGGUAUUUUCAAGUAUUUUCUUCUAGAGCCUUCCAAUUGAUACACAGGAGCCCAGUUGAGCAAUGGCACAUUUCAAACAUGUAUAGUUAGUGGAUGUGAUCUAAAUAACACACCAGCCACGCCCACUAUCUGCAGCUGCUGACUUUGAAGUGUGUUGAACUCGGUGGGCUUUUGAGGAUCAGAUGUUUUCUUUGUGUGUCCUUACACAAACUCGAUCAUAAACUCAAUACAAAGUGCAAACCCUAUUGUAUAGUAUUCUGUGCAACUAAGUUCAAGUUCUACAUGAACAGCAGGUCAUAAAACCUGCUUAUACCUUGUAUUACAGGGUGUAGUGUUUCACUGUGAAUGCAAAGAGCCUUUUUUCAGCCCUUCAGAACACAUGUGAGUGAAGUUCAAGGAGGAGCAGCACACCUCAGUACAUUCCUGACUGAAGGACUCGGUGCCAGGGUUCGCAAUGCUUUGUUUGGCGUCGACAGAGUCUGAAGAGCAUAAAAAAAGUGACUCUGUUUGUCUACAAAGAUGAGCAUGCACAAAAUGGACAUGUGUCCGGGGUUUGUCUCACUAGCGAACUGAAUGUCUACUAAACUGUAGUUGAUGUUUCCGAGUAGAGGAAAGCACACUGCAAAAGAUAUCCAUAUGUGUUUACAAUGAUCAGAUCCAGUACACUGACUUCAUGACACUGUGAUGCUGUUUGCUUUAGUUUUGAUGAUCUGAAAUCAAUGAGUGUAACGAUCUGAGUCUCCUUGUGUCUUUUUUACUGCAUGCUUUACUCAUACAAUGUAAGUGUGCUAACACUGUAGUUUAGAGUGUGUUUGGUAUAUAGCUUUGUUCAUAUCGACUCACAGUGAUAUCAUUUAUUUUAUUGCACUUAACAUAUAGUUUUUACUGAAGUACUUAAGACUGGCAGACAGUGGGCCUGAUUUCCUUCAGGUUUGUGUAUUUAAAAAAAUGUAAAUCUCUUUGAACCUGUAAACAAAGACUGAAGUUGAUCUACCAAGGGCAUGCAGCAAGAACUGCGGCUUUCAAACAUGCAAGAUAACAGGCUUUGUCCUUUUAGCACCUUUGAGUGCUGAAUACUGGGGGGAGAAAGUGCUAAGAUGUUAAUCCAGCACAUGCUCUGUGAUUUACUGAGGCUCCAUGAUUUCACUGCAUGCAAAUAAAACAAUUUUGUAAAGAAGGCGCACAUCCAGGGACCCAGUGUUCCACACCGAUGGCUGAUGUUAUUAUGGCGAGGAGAAGACAGGAUUAUAGACACAAGGGUCUGUUUGUGUCAUUUCUUUUAAAUUGUUCAGUAGUUGAAUAUCUCCAUUCAGUCAUCUUCAUGGAGAACACUUACUGUUGGUGAUGAUGAUUUCACAGACACUAGAUAUCAGAAACAUUGACAGCUGGGUCCUGCUCUGCAGGAGGAAAAAAAGACAUGUUUGUACAUUUGUUCAGAGGCCAAAAGUUUCAUCUCUUUUGAUUCCCUUUCUGCAAGAAAAACAUUGACUGAAGGAACAGUCAAACAUUUUUCAGCUGUUUGAAAAUCUUCAAAACUUUUUCUUCUGUCCUCUGCUCUCUUCCAGACAAUGGCACAUUUCUGGAGCAUACUCCCCCCUCCUCUUCAGGAGGUGAAGGUGAAGGAGGAGGUGGAGAUGUAACAUCUGUGUCCUCUACUUCCUCUGCCCAUUUCGCAGCUCCCACCCUGGCCCCGAGCCUCACUCCAGCCUCCCAGCCCACCAUCUCCCUCCUGACUGACAGCACCGCGGACACCCUCAGCGUGGAGUCCCUCACACUGCUGCCCCCCUCAGACAUGCCUCACCUGCACCCCAUCGCUAGUCUCAUCUCAGCGACACUGCCCCUUCAGAGACUAGACGCUCCCAUCGCAGAGGAAGAGGAGGGAAAUGAUGAGGAGGACAGGAGAGAAGAAGAAGAGGAGGAGGAGGGGUCCCCACUAGAUGAGACUGAAACUGAUGCUACAGUUAAAGAGGAAACCAUGACGACAGAGCUGGUCACGCCCACUGACGAGGCAGCAGAGGAGCCUUUGGAGGUAAACACAGACCAAACCUCUGCCAUAGAGGGAGACGAGGGGACAGCUGCAGAGACAGAAGAUACAGAGAGACACACUGAGACCCCUGAAUCACCUGAACUGGAUUAAAACACACUAACACACACACAUUCAUGUUCAUGCACUGAAACUGCUUUUUCUCUCUCUUUCUAACACAUACACACACACAUAAGACAGAAGAGUGUGGUAUUAAAGUACCUAGCCUAAAGGCAGUGUGGGAUAUCAUAGUCUGGGGGUCUUAUUGUUUGUCUUUGCACAUGAAGACCCACGAGAAAGAGGGCAGGACACACUUGUAAGGACCCUGGGGAUGGCUUAAAGCACAUUUUUCUGUCUCUUUCUGCACUUGAGUUUGAGUUUUUAAGCGUGAGCAAGGCCACGCAACCAGCAAGGAUUUUUUACUCAUUCUGAUCGAUUGUUCAGACACAUGCUCUUGUCGCCACAUGCUGCUGCUGCCGCUGUAAACUGCUCGUCCGUUUGUGAGCUUUCUAAAAGACCUGAUCUGUUUUUGUGUCUUCUGUUCAAAGAUGCUGUCAGUACACACACUGUGCACACACAUAGAUGCACUUGCCUUUUAACACCUGUGUUCCAGACCUGUUAGCAGGCACUGUCAUCAGGUCAGUGUGUGAGUGAAUGAUUGUGGUGUGUGUGUGUGUGUGUGUGUGUGUGUGUGUGUGUGUGUGUGUGUGUGUGUGUGUGUGUGUGUGUGUGUGUGUGUGUGUGUGUGUGUGUGUGUGUGUGUGUGUGUGAUCCUCAUCCUAAGUCAUUUUCCAGUUUGCUUUAAUUGUAGAAAAAGUGUGGGAUCUGAACUGCAGACAGCAGGUCUAACACUCAGCUCAUGAGCAGUUGCAUUAAUUCAGAUGAAGGUGUGUGAACACAGCUUUUUGAUUGUCAGCAUGGUCAGCUUCCACCCUCUUGUUGUAGGGAAGUUUAAAGACACUUCUUUUACACAUACAUGAUUCAACAAAUUGUGCCCCUAUUGGAUUGACUUCCAUCCAAAAAGAAGAUCCACCAAUCAGCCACCUGACGAAUAGAAUCAAUGAUGCAAACAAUCUGAAUAGACUAAAGGCUGCUGUGUAAGUCAUACCUGCUCUAAGUCCUACAUAAUGGUUUGCAGCUCUCUGUGAGGUGGUAAAUUAUUCCAUCUGUGCAGGCAUCACGGUCCACAGCAGAACAGGUGGGUAAAAGCCAUGGUGUUGAUUUAUAAAGAUAUGAAAUUAUGUUCCUGCUUCGUUAAAUAGGAAUCUGAUGGAGUGUAGUCCUGUCUUUAGAUCUGCACUUUACCACAACACCUCUGGGUUGAAUGUAUCUGUGUUUUUGCCUCUCGGGCACUGACUUGAUCAGAUUUAGUUCCCUUUUUUUUUGGAAAAUAUGAGAUGAAAGUCUCCAACACUCUGGAGCAACCGCUGCAGAAGAUUUGUUUUUUACAGUAAAAUGUAAAUUUAAGAGAGGGUAUCAAGGUGUAAAUUAAUGACUGUAUGAACAACCAUUUUCUUGUAGCGUUGCAUUCAAAGACCUUAAAAAACAGAUACCAUACUGGGAAUGCUGACUUUUCCUAACUGAGGAGGUGAAGCUAAGACGGGCCGUAAGCCUCCUGACAAACAGCUACAUUUCACCAGCCUGCAAGUCAAUUGAACUCAUGAUGUAAUUUAAAGUUUUAGUCAGAGUUUUGAUUAAAUCAAAGUCAGUGCAUUAUUAUAACAACAAUAGCCCCCAUACAGUGUGUAUGAAUGAAUCGCUGACAAGAAUUGGUGACAGUUCUUGCCACACUGACAAGAACUGCUGUAAACCUCAUUCGUUCUGCUGUGAAGUGGGUAUUUGGAUAUGAGUGUUCAUAGGGUCUUCUCAGCUUUGGGAGCCAGCCUCAUGUGGACUUUCCCUGAGCUGCACUCUUUAUGCCUUUGCACUGUUUCCUUUGGCUUUUGCCUGUUUGUGCUUCUUUAACUUGGCUUUUGUCUCAUGACGGCCGUCAACCCAUUGGAUACACUGACUUGGCCAAUCCCUACUAUAAUUAAGCCAUGCAGUCUUUAUGCCUGAUUAUGCUUCACUUUAAGCCCUUAUAUGACAGUCUAGAUUUUGGUUGCAAAAAUAAUGAUGAUAAAUGUCGUUAGUAACCCGUUGACUAAAAUAUUGUAAUUUUUAAUCAACUAAAACAAAACUCAAGUAUUUUUUGUAUUUAUUUAUUUUGUUUUCUUUUUUUUUUUUUUUUCUUUUUUUGUUGACAAAAACUAGACCGAUGUUUUAGAUUUUCAUAGACUAAAAUAAGAAAAGGAACUAUUAUGGGCAAAAGAUUAUUAAAAUAAGACUAAAGCUUAGUCCUUAGACUUCAUCUGAAAAAGCUGCAAAAAUGACCACUGUGAUAUAAAUUUAUCUAAAAAGUUUUGAAAUAUUUCCGCUGCCCUGACUAUUUUUGUUCCAGGCUUUAAACAUGCUUAAUUCCACUGUUUUCUUGGCUUUUGGAGCCAACCCAGGUGGACACGCGAGGAACUGCAGCUCUUGUGCAUCUGACCAUGAGUUCAUUUUUCAACACCACCGCCUGCUGCCUGCUAAUAACCCUAAAAACUGAAACAUAGUGAAAUACAACUGGAUUGUAAAGAGUUAAAUAGCAAACAACCAUGAAGAGUGAGAGCGAUCUAAGGAAAAUAAACAUGAAGCUGCUCUGAGGUCAGUGUGAAGGGGCAGACCCUCCCUCACCCUCCUCCUUCAUCAGCUGAAUAAAGCUUUAUUGCUGCAAUAAUCUGAAGAGCUAACCAAUGAGGGGAGAGAGGAAUGUAACCGUCAACACAUCUCUCCACACAGCCACAUUGAUUGAUCAGUUUGAGUGGCAUCAGUGCUUUCAGUUCUUGAUUCUUGGCUUGAUUUGUAACUCUUAGGAUCAAAGCAGCUGCUCUAGGACAUGCUUUACUUCUCCUUGUCUCCUUUUAAACCUGUAUUCAAAUGCUUCUCUUUUCUCUGUGUUCCAGCUCUUCGUUUCUGUGCCAUUGUUGUUCAGCUAAAGUCUUAAUGCUUUAUCUUUUUUUUUUUUUUUACACUGUACAGUCAUCAACAUGUUUCUAAAGGAGAAAUUCAGAGCAAUACUCUUUUUUUUUUUUUUUCAGUCUUUUAGAAUUGUCAUCUUGCUGCUGUAAAUUGCAGAGGAAUGAUAGUGAUUAUCACUGAAGAGGCUGGUAGAGUUUGGUAGAGGGGCUGCUGGUGGUUUGAAGGAAAACAGUGACUGUGUUUCUCUCCAAACCAUGAGCAGCCUCUCUCCAAACAUGCCAGGACAAGCUUCCUUUACUAAGUCAGUGAUUGUAGUAUGUGUGUGUAAUAUGUUUGUAUGCUUUGUAAAUGCUCUAGGCUUUUAAACCUGUAAUUAUUGUUAAUGAACUGGACCAGAGAAAUAAAUAAAGAACUGCAAUAAAUUAUUCUACAUAACAACUGUGAGGC